AUGACAAGUAUGAGACGGCAUCAUAAUGAUUAACCUCUGAAUAGCCUUUGCACACAGCUGCACCAAGAUAGUUCCAUUUAAACUCUUUAAACCUAAUAAUAGGUCGUUUAAUUUGCCUAUAUGUCAGAGAUGUAUACAAGUCCUGCCAGAGGUCACAUGGUACAAAAAGAGACAUGGUGUCCCGGUCCCAUAGCAGCCUUCACUGAAGGCCUGAACUGCACUAAUGAUAUUGAGUUGUGUUAUAAAGAAGACAGCUUCAGUACAGUAACACUGACAUCACACAGUCUGUAUCCCAAAAGGCAACCUAUUCCUUAUAUACUGUAGUGCACUCAUUUUGACCAGCGCCCUACUAAUAACCGAAUAGGGUGCCAUUUGGGACGCAUCCACAGUGUACAAUCUUUUUCUUCAAAGCCAUGAGUAGCCCACCAAUACGGCUGUCACUACAGGGCAUCUCUUAUUUACCCACUGUAGGGGUCAGUCACAUGCUAACUUCAUCUCUGCUCCGGUCAUCACUCUGGUUAUUUCAGCUCUUAGCCCUGUCAGAGUCUUCAUGGUGACAUGGCUGUGUGUGUGUGUGUGUGUGUGUGUGUGUAUGUGUGUGUGUACAUGCCUGUUUGUGGCAUGUGUGUGGUCACAUGACAGUUCAACCAAUACCAGCUGCAGAUCAAUGGUCAGCUGACAGAAUCAGAUAUAAAUAUAUUAUGUAGAACAGACAUGCUUCUGUGACGUGUUGAGUGAGGAAUCAUUACAGCGCUAUUCAUAAAAUGUAUAUAUGUUAUGUUCAGUUCAUUCCCCAGUCCAGCUGCAUAUCAAUGGUCAGCUGACAGAAUCAGAUAUAAAUAUAUUAUAUAGAACAGACAUGCUUCUGUGACGUGUUGAGUGAGGAAUCAUUACAGCUCUAUUCAUAACAUUUCUAUCUGUUACGUUCAGUUCGUUCCCCAGUCCAGCUGCAGGUCAGUGGUCAGCUAAUGCGAGCAGCGUGGAGCUCUGAGUAGCGUCUAGUGGACACGUGGUACAGCUGACACCCUGGUCUUUGAGGACUGUGGUGGGGGUUUGACAUGGAUGUAAAGAAGCUGCUCUGACCAGUCUCUAGCUGAACAACAUGACUAUACCAGGCUGUAAAGUGGAAUAUGGCUGGACACCCAGAGACCUUUCUCUAGCUGAACAACACGACUAUACCAGGCUGUAAAGUGGAAUAUGGCUGGACACCCAGAGACCUUUCUCUAGCUGAACAACAUGACUAUACCAGGCUGUAAAGUGGAAUAUGGCUGGACACCCAGAGACCUUUCUCUAGCUGAACAACACGACUAUACCAGGCUGUAAAGUGGAAUAUGGCUGGACACCCAGAGACCUUUCUCUAGCUGAACAACACGACUAUACCAGGCUGUAAAGUGGAAUAUGGCUGGACACCCAGAGACCUUUCUCUAGCUGAAAAACACAACUAUACCAGGCUGUAAAGUGGAAUAUGGCUGGACACCCAGAGACCUUUCUCUAGCUGAACAACACGACUAUACCAGGCUGUAAAGUGGAAUAUGGCUGGACACCCAGAGACCUUUCUCUAGCUGAACAACACGACUAUACCAGGCUGUAAAGUGGAAUAUGGCUGGACACCCAGAGACCUUUCUCUAGCUGAACAACACGACUAUACCAGGCUGUAAAGUGGAAUAUGGCUGGACACCCAGAGACCUUUCUCUAGCUGAACAACACAACUAUACCAGGCUGUAAAGUGGAAUAGGGCUGGACACCCAGAGACCUGUCUCUAGCCCUCCUGUUUCAUAGACUUGUUCUGUACCAUGCUGUAAAAUGAAUAGGGCUGGACACCCAGAGAAACACCACAGCAUUAUUACAGCGAGCCCAAGGAGCCGCAGAGUGAAUUAUUAAUUUAAUUUAGGAAAACUGCAGGGCUGGAAAGAAGUAACACACACCGACCUGCAAAGAGGAAUUGACAAAAAAAAGAGUUUAUAAGCUAUUUGGGAGAGAUAUUUGAUUGUAAAGGCAUGUGCUAAAAUGUUUAGUGAAACCCUUUUUGAGUGGGCCCCACUUCAGCCAAGGUGUUAUUAUAUUUGCAAGGGAACAUGUAGCUACACUCUUGGAAAGAAAUGAUCUAUCUAGAACCUAAAAAGGUUCUCCGGCUGUCCCCAUAGGAGAAUCCUUUGAAUAACCCUUUUUGCUUCCAGGUAGAACCCUUUUGGGUUUCAUGUAGGAACCUUUCCACCGAGGACUCUACAUGGAACCCAAAAGGGUUCUACGUGGAACUAAAAAGAGCUGAAGAAUCCUUUCAAAAAAAAAAAUUAUAAGACUCUAUAGUGCAAUGCAGAAACAGUUUGAGGAUUUGAGUUUGAGUCUACCAUUGAUAAGGAUGAGUCUACUAAAAAUAAAAUAUAAAAUAUACCAUUGAGGUAGCUACUCUAAAAUCAUUGAUUGGUUGAAAACCAUAUGAGAUUUACAUUUACAUUGUUUACAUUUUAGUCAUUUACAGUGAGGGAAAAAAGUAUUUGAUCCCCUGCUGAUUUUGUACGUUUGCCCACUGACAAAGAAAUGAUCAGUCUAUAAUUUUAAUGGUAGGUUUAUUUGAACAGUGAGAGACAGAAUAACAACAAAAAAAUCCAGAAAAAACAUAUGUCAAAAAUGUUAUAAAUUGAUUUGCAUUUUAAUGAGGGAAAUAAGUAUUUGACCCCCUCUCAAUCAGAAAGAUUUCUGGCUCCCAGGUGUCUUUUAUACAGGUAACGAGCUGAGAAUAGGAGCACACUCUUAAAGGGAGUGCUCCUAAUCUCAGCUUGUUACCUGUAUAAAAGACACCUGGGAGCCAGAAGCAAUCAAUCAAUCAGAUUCCAAACUCUCCACCAUGGCCAAGACCAAAGAGCUCUCCAAGGAUGUCAGGGACAAGAUUGUAGACCUACACAAGGCUGGAAUGGGCUACAAGACCAUCGCCAAGCAGCUUGGUGAGAAGGUGACAACAGUUGGUGCGAUUAUUCGCAAAUGAAAGAAACACAAAAGAACUGUCAAUCUCCCUUGGCCUGGGGCUCCAUGCAAGAUCUCACCUCGUGGAGUUGCAAUGAUCAUGAGAAUGGUGAGGAAUCAGCUCAGAACUACACGGGAGGAUCUUGUCAAUGAUCUCAAGGCAGCUGGGACCAUAGUCACCAAGAAAACAAUUGGUAACACACUACGCCGUGAAGGACUGAAAUCCUGCAGCGCCCGCAAGGUCCCCCUGCUCAAGAAAGCACAUAUACAUGCCCGUCUGAAGUUUGCCAAUGAACAUCUGAAUGAUUCAGAGGAGAACUGGUUGAAAGUGUUGUGGUCAGACGAGACCAAAAUCGAGCUCUUUGGCAUCAACUCAACUCGCCGUGUUUGGAGGAGGAGGAAUGCUGCCUAUGACCCCAAGAACACCAUCCCCACCGUCAAACAUGGAGGUGGAAACAUUAUGCUUUGGGGGUGUUUUUCUGCUAAGGGGACAGGACAACUUCACCGCAUCAAAGGGACGAUGGACGGGGCCAUGUACCGUCAAAUCUUGGGUGAGAACCUCCUUCCCUCAGCCAGGGCAUUGAAAAUGAGUUGUGGAUGGGUAUUCCAGCAUGAAAAUGACCCAAAACACACGGCCAAGGCAACAAAGGAGUGGCUCAAGAAGAAGCACAUUAAGGUCCUGGAGUGGCCUAGCCAGUCUCCAGACCUUAAUCCCAUAGAAAAUCUGUGGAGGGAGCUGAAGGUUCGAGUUGCCAAACGUCAGCCUCGAAACCUUAAUGACUUGGAGAAGAUCUGCAAAGAGGAGUGGGACAAAAUUCCUCCUGAGAUGUGUGCAAACCUGGUGGCCAACUACAAGAAACGUCUGACCUCUGUGAUUGCCAACAAGGGUUUUGCCACCAAGUACUAAGUCAUGUUUUGCAGAGGGGUCAAAUACUUAUUUCCCUCAUUAAAAUGCAAAUCAAUUUAUAACAUUUUUGACAUGCGUUUUUCUGGAUUUUUUUGUUGUUAUUCUGUCUCUCACUGUUCAAAUAAACCUACCAUUAAAAUUAUAGACUGAUCAUGUCUUUGUCAGUGGGCAAACGUACAAAAUCAGCAGUGGGAUCAAAUACUUUUUUCCCUCACUGUAGCAGACGCUCUUAUCCAGUGCGACUUACAGUAAUGAGUGCAUACAUUUUAAUACUUUUUUCCUACUUUUUUCUGUGCUGUCAUCAACCAACUGGCAGCCAUGACAACAAACUGAUACUCUUAAUUAAGAAGGCAGAUGGCAGAGCAAAAGCCACCUCAAGAAGAUGUCAACCUGCACAAACGCACAAACACACACACAGAGAGAGAGAAAGAGAAUAAAACACCUCAAGAUGUAAACCUACACAGUUUAGUUUUCAAAGCAUCUUCCCCACACUUUCAAACACUUGUGUAUAAAGCUAUACUGUACCAAAUUCCUUCAAAAUAAAAACUCUCUCAACUCUCUUACAAAGUUUCAGUUCCCUUUAAUGUUUGGUACUGUGGAGUCAGCAAAUCGCUAAUAAGCAACACAUACAGUAUAAAAAUAAAUACACUUUAGAAUCCUGUGUGGAAUAGUAAGUGAGGAAAAAAAAUCUCAUUAGGUCAGUGCACUCAAAAUUGAUGUAAUGCAUUAUUUAGUUGGAUUCAAUCCAUCAACAGCUGAGUAUCUGAUGUUAUGCAAAACAAUGUCCAUUAGCAAAUAAUGUCUGAAUCCCAAAUGGCACCCUAUUCCUUACAUAGAGCACUACUUUUGACCAGAGCCCUGUCAUUUGGGACACACCCAGAGAGAACAGAAUGCCACAGCAGAGCUGUAGUUAGAUGUGACAAGGUAAGUGACGGCAUUAUGCAGUAGUAUGAACCAAUGGGACGGCCUGUUGUUUCAUAGAGAAAUCCAAAACAUUGAUUUGUCUUUAGUUCCUUCCAUCAUCAAAAUGUACAAUCAAUUUGUUUUCCACCAUAGACAGCUUCCAUUCAAUGUAUGGACGGCAAACUCUGAAUUUUAAACUCACCAUGAAAUGCAAAGAGGAAAAGGAAAAAGUGAAUAAAAACACUCUUUAAUGUGAAUCCCAAAUGGCUCCCAUCCCUUAUCGUACACUAAGGGCCCUGGUCCCUAUGGACCUAGGCCAGUGACAUAAAAUCUCAAUGUAAUCCAUUUUAAAUUCAGGCUGUAACACAACAAAAUCUGGAAAAAGCCAAGGGGUGUGAAUACUUUCUGAAGGCACUGUAUGCAUAGGCCUACUACCAGAGCCUAAGAGAUGAACCUUAUUCACUAUAUUCCCAUAGGGCUCUGGUCAAAAGUAGUGCACUAAAUAGGGAAUACAGUGCUAUUUGGGAUGCAUCAUUGAGUUUGAAAACUAACCAGAGUUUCAAAUCAACUUCUAGACAUUGAUUUCAUCACCUCCAAUCACACAGAGCAGAUGCAGGCUUAGGCCCAGAUAAAAAGGUAACAUAUCAAGAGAAACUUUGUGGAAUAUGACAGCAAUUAUAUAGGUGUUGUUACUGUGUGUCUUGCAUUAUGAGUCAUAUAAUUAUGAAUAUGGUGUGUACAGUGUUACAAAAAAAAGUUUAUGCUGUUUGGUGCUCUUGCAUCAACUGACCAUGAUCCAAAUAUAUUUUUGGUAACACUUCACAGGACAUUAUAAGAGGGUCAUACUGUACAUAGGGAUGUGGCGUUCGUGAAAUUUUGUCAGCUGGUGAUUGUCAAGCAAAUAACUUCCGGUCUCACGGUAAUUGACCGUUAAUUAACAUAAACAGAUUUAGCAUCUCCUGUCUUCCACACAUAUCCUACAAGCCACUGAUGCAGACCUUUGGAACAUCUACAUUUUAAAAAGUCUAAUAAAUCCAUCACAAUAAAUCCAUUAUUUAUUUUAGACAUGUCUAAAGAAACAUGAUAUGAAGAAAAUGUAGUCUAUUUCAGAAGAACAGAAUAGCAUACUCUGAGUUGUCCUUAUGUUAGGCCCUGAUCUGGCUAUGCCAUAUGGCUGUGGGUUACACUAGUUCAUUUAGCAGACAAUAUUUUCUUAGAAUUACGUGGCAUUAUUUUAUAUAUUUUAUAGUAUGAAGAAUAAAAUUGAACAAAUCCGAAUAAAAUAGAAAAUAUAUUUUCUCCAAACGAUUUGAGGGAGUAUUCUGUGUUGAGCUGUUAACAAAGAAACAGGUACUCCUAUAUGCUUAAUUUAGAGUUAUUUAUGUAACUUUAGUUGUGAUUCAAAUGUUGGGCUAUAUGUUUUGAUUUUUAAUACAUUCUAAGACUGCAUGAUGCAACUCUAACGAUGAUUUGAAAAUGUUUGCAUGAAAGGCAUAAGCUCUGCUUAGUUUUUUUGUGCAGGCUGUACACACUUCAUCAGUCUCUCAUUCACAAUUUGACAAGCACUUGAUAAUGCCUCACCUUUGUAUGGCCGUAAUGCCCACUAAAAAAAGAAUCUAUGCAUUUUGCAGCAAGUGGCCGUUGUGCCCUUGGGCUGAAUAUAAUAAUUAUAAUUCCCUUCUCCAGGCUCCGAAACACCUCUCACUCACAUGGCUCUCUGUCACAUGAUCGGGUCUUUCUCACAGGCUACAAGUGAAAACAGACGUGAUUAUGCAUGUAAUGCUUUUAUUAUGAAGGUGUAUUUUUAUGGUGAAAAUGAUCUUCCCCAAACUUGAAACUCACUCGCUGCGUUUGUAUGCCAGUUAGGCUCUACACCCGUUGUAAAGCGGAUUAAUGUGCUUCAUUUUAAGAAGUUAUUUGGCCACUUUAUAUCAAAACAUAUACUGUAGGCCUAUGGGCUAGGCUACAUGAGGUGUGCGACUAUGAUUUGAAAAAGUCGCAAAAAAAAGGCAUGCGUUGUUUCUUGGCUUACUGCACGUAAGCUGGGCAUCAUUCACAAGUGAUAGCCUAAUAUUGUCACCCAUCAGACUAUUCUUGACUUAAUCUUGUCUUUACAUAUAGUAAAUAAUAUAUGUGUGAAAUUUGUUUUGAUUUAGAAUGGACCAUUGUCAUGCACCUGUCUUGAAACAGGGGGAGGGGGAAAAAUACAUUUCACCUAUGCACUUAAUUAGCGAAUGGAGGACACUUUUCCCAUGGUUCAUUUUCAUGCCGGUGAGGUAGGCUAUACUCCUGUUGUAAAUAGAAGCAAUGUGCUUAAUAUUAGGAAAGUUGAGAAAUAAAUAUAGUAGGCCUAGCCUAUAGAAAGCUAAUGGGAUCCUACUCUUUUUAAUAGAGGAUAUCACUCUGUUUUCUCACGCAAUUGCAUAGCCUAUAGAAAUGUUGCACAACAUGAGCUCAUGGGCUCUCAUGAAGUGUUUGAUUAGAUGUUCAAUUACAUUUGCAUUGAUGUCAGAGUGAUUAGAGGGACAAUAGAUGUCAGGGUUGAGUGUAGAGGUAACGUGGAAUCACACGCAGGACACACAGAGAUUCGAAACAGAUGUCUUUAGUGAAGUCCGAAAAUACAAGCCAAACACGGCAACAGGCCACAGGCGAAACAUACGCACACUGGUAAGAACCAAAGUAAAUGCGCACAACGUGCAGGACUCUCUCAAACAAAACAAAAAUACAGAGAGCACAGAACAGCGAACCAACUACUACACGUGACAUCGAACAACUACACACAACACCUGACCAAACACAAGAGAACUAAAUAGGACGCAUAAUGAGCACUUAACAAUGAACAGGUGUAACAAACAGACAAAACCAAUCAAACAUAGAAACAUAGAACGGUGGCAGCUAGUACUCCGGAGACGACGACCGCCGAAGCCUGCCCGAACAAGGAGAAGGAGCAGCCUCGGCCGAAACCGUGACAGUACCCCCCCCUUGAUGCGCGGCUCCAGCCGUGUGCCGACCCCGGACUCGGGGACGACCAGGAGGAUGCGGAGCAGGGCGCGUAGGAUGACCACGAUGGAACUCGGUCAGAAGAGACGGGUCUAGGAUGUCCCUCCUCGGCACCCAGCACCGCUCCUUCGGGCCGUACCCCUCCCACUCCACGAGAUAUUGGAGACCCCCCAUCCGGCGUCUCGAAUCUAGGAUGGACCGAACAGUGUACGCCGGAGCCCCCUCGAUGUCCAACGGGGGCGGAGGAGUCUCUUCUAUCUCAUAGUCCUGGAGUGGACCAGCUACCACCGGCCUGAGGAGAGACACAUGGAACGAGGGGUUAAUAUUCUUGUAAUCAAUGGGCAGUUGUAACCUGUAACACACCUCGUUCAAUCUCCUCAGGACUUUAAAAGGCCCCACAAACUGCCGACCCAUCUUCCGGCAGGGCAGGCGGAGGGGCAGGUUUCUGGUUGAGAGCCAGACUCGAUCUCCAGGUGCGUACACUGGCCCCUCACUGCGGUGGAGAUCGGCGCUCGUCUUCUGUCGACGGAUGGCUCGCUGCAGAUGGAUGUGUGCAGCGUUCCACGUCUCCUCCGAGCGCCGCACCCACUCAUCCACCGCAGGGGCCUCGAUCUGGCUCUCAUGCCAAGGUGCCAGAACCGGCUGGUACCCUAACACACACUGGAAAGGGGUUAGUUUAGUGGAGGAGUGGCAGAGAGAGUUCUGUGCCAUCUCGGCCCAGGGAACAUAUCUCGCCCACUCCUCCGGCCGGCCCUGGCAAUAUGACCUCAGAAACCUACCCACAUCCUGGUUGACACGUUCGACCUGCCCAUUACUCUCCGGGUGGUAACCCGAGGUAAGGCUCACCGAAACCCCCAACCGUUCCAUAAACGCUCUCCAGACUCUGGAGGUAAACUGGGGGCCUCGAUCAGACACUAUAUCCUCGGGUACCCCCGUAAUGCCGGAAGACGUGGGUAAAUAGAGCCUCAGCGGUCUGUAGGGCAGUAGGAAGACCCGGCAUGGGAAGGAGACGACAGGCCUUCGAGAACCGAUCCACAACGACCAGGAUGGUGGUAUUCCCCUGUGAGGAGGGAAGGUCUGUAACAAAAUCCACCGAGAGGUGAGACCAGGGUCGUUGUGGAACGGGCAGGGGUUGUAACUUACCCCUGGGCAAGUGUCUGGGCGCCUUACACUGGGCACACACCGAGCAGGAGGAGACAUAAAUCCUCACAUCCCUGGCUAACGUUGGCCACCAGUACUUUGUGCUAAGGCAGUGCACUGUCCGGCCAAUACCUGGAUGCCCAGAGGAGGGUGACGUGUGAGCCCAAUAAAUGAGCCGAUCCCGGACCUCGAGCGGGACGUACGUCCGACCCACCGGACACUGUGGAGGGCUAGGGUCGGUGCGUAAUGCCCGCUCGAUCUCCGCAUCGACCUCCCAUACCACCGGUGCAACCAGACAAGACUUAGGUAGUAUGGGAGUGGGCUCAACGGACCUCUCCUCCGUGUCAUACCGCCGAGACAGGGCAUCUGCCUUCCCGUUCUGGGACCCAGGGAUGUAAGUGAUCUUAAACACGAACCGGGCUAGAAACAUAGUCCACCGAGCCUGGCGAGGAUUCAGUCUCCUAGCUGCCCGAAUGUAUUCCAGGUUACGGUGGUCAGUCAGAAUGAGAAAAGGGUGUUGAGCCCCCUCAAGCCAAUGCCUCCACACCUUUAGGGCUUGUACCACGGCUAACAGCUCCCUGUCCCCUACGUCAUAAUUACGCUCCGCCGGACUGAGCUUUUUCGAAUAAAAAGCACAGGGGCGGAGUUUAGGUGGUGUGCCGGACCGUUGUGAGAGAACAGCCCCGAUACCGGCUUCAGACGCAUCCACUUCCACUUGGAAUGGUAAAGCGGGAUCCGGGUGCGCCAGCACUGGAGCCGAGGUAAACAGGUCCUUCAGUCUCCCAAAAGCCCUGUCCGCCUCAGCUGACCACCGCAAGCGCACCGGACCCCCCUUCAGAAGGGACGUUAUGGGAGCUGCCACCUGUCCAAAACCCCGGAUAAACCUCCGGUAGUAAUUCGCAAAACCCAAGAACUGCUGCACCUCUUUAACCGUGGUUGGGGUUUGCCAAUUACGCACGGCUGACACACGGUCAACCUCCAUCCUCACCCCUGACGCAGACAACUGAUAACCCAAAAAGGAGACCGACUCCUGGAAGAACAGACAUUUCUCGGCUUUGACAUACAGGUCAUGCUCCAACAGCCUCCUCAAUACUCGGCGCACCAGGGCUACAUGUUCGGCCCGGGUAGAACUGUACACCAGAAUAUCGUCUAUGUACACGACUACUCCCUGCCCCUGCAUGUCCCGGAAAAUCUCAUCUACAAAGGACUGGAAGACUGAUGGAGCAUUCAUUAACCCGUAUGGCAUGACGAGAUACUCGUAAUGACCGGAGGUAGUACUAAAUGCUGUCUUCCAUUCAUCGCCCUCUCUAAUGCGCACCAAGUUAUAUGCGCUCCUGAGGUCCAAUUUUGUGAAGAACCGUGCCCCGUGUAAUGACUCCGUCAUCGUCGCAAUCAGCGGGAGUGGAUAACUAUAUUUCACAGUAAUCUGAUUGAGACCGCGGUAAUCAAUACACGGGCGCAAACCUCCAUCCUUUUUCUUCACAAAAAAGAAGCUUGAGGACGCGGGUGAAGUGGAGGGCCGUAUGUAUCCCUGUCUCAGAGACUCGGCAAUGUAUGUCUCCAUUGCCCUCUUCUCCUCCUGUGACAAAGGAUACACAUGGCUCCGCGGGAGCGCAGCUCCUGCCUGGAGGUCUAUCGCACAAUCCCCCUGUCUAUGAGGUGGCAACCGCGCCGCUCUCGUCUUGCUAAACACGAGUGCCAAAUCCUCAUACUCGGGGGGAAUGUGCAAUGCGGGCAUUUGGUUCGGACUCUCCACCGAGGUCGCCCCUACGGAAACAACCAGACAUAGCCCCUCACACUGAGCAGACCACCCCUUAAGAGCCCUCUCUCGCCACGAAAUAGUAGGAUCAUGGGUAAUCAACCAGGGAAGCCCCAGCACCACCGGAUACGCAGGAGAGUCGAUCAGAUAGAGCUGAAUCGUCUCCUCAUGACCCCCCUGCGUCUCCAUCCUAAGUGGCACUGUGACCUCCCUAAUCAACCCGGAUCCUAAUGGACGACUAUCUAGGGCAUGUACAGGGAAAGGAUUAUUUACCGGAAGGAGGGGAAUCCCUAACUCUAUACAGAAUUUGCGAUCUACAAAAUUCCCAGCUGCGCCUGAAUCUACUAGCGCCUUAUGCUGGGAACGAGGUGCAACCUGUGGAAAACAAACAGGUAUGGUUAUGUGUACGACAGAAAGCUCUGGGUAAGUGGGGCGCCUACUCACCUGGGAGGACUCCCCAAUGUGUGGCCUGCCUUCUCCUCCACCAGGAGACCCUCCCCAGCACCUAGCCGCGGUGUGCCCUCCACGGCCACAGUUGGUGCAGGGGACGGCCCCCCUCGGGCUCCUUCUUCUCCUUCCUCUAGCGCCAGCACCUCCGAGCUCCAUAGGGCUCGGCUCGGAGGUGCUGGAGGGUGGAAUGGGCGAUCCCCACCUGGGACGCCCGCAGGUAGCGAGCAGGGUGUCCAGCCGAAUGGCCAUGUCAACCAAUUGGUCAAAUGAAAGCGUGGUAUCCCUGCACGCCAACUCUCUGCGGACGUCCUCCCGGAGGCUGCAGCGGAAGUGGUCUAUGAGUGCCCGCUCAUUCCACCCCGCAUCUGCCGCUAGAGUCCGGAACUCCAGUGCAAACUCCUGAGCGCUCCUCAUCCCCUGCCGGAGGUAGAAUAGACGCUCCCCCGCCGCCUUCCCUUCCGGUGGAUGGUCAAACACUGCACGGAAGCGGUGGGAGAACUCCGCAUAGGUGAUAGUAGCGGCGUCUAUUCUCCUCCAUUCGGCGUUGGCCCACUCCAGCGCCUUGCCGGUGAGACAGGAGAUGAGGGCGGAAACGCUCUCGUGUCCCGAGGGCGCCGGGUGUACGGUGGCGAGGUAGAGUUCAACUUGCAACAGGAACCCCUGACACCCGGCAGCGGUGCCGUCGUACGCCCUCGGGAGCGAGAGCCGAAUCCCACUGGGUUCCGGAAGUUGGACAGGCGGGCUGACCGAUGGUGAUGGUGCGGUAGGUGGGGGUGUGGGUACCCCGCUGGUCUCCCAUCGAUGGAGGGUGUUCAUCACUCGGUCCAGGGCGUGCCCGAAUUGGUUGAUCCUGUCCUCCUGUCCCCGAAGGCGCUCCUCGAUGAUCUCUGUGGGUGCGGGUGCUCCUGCUGAUUCCAUAGAGAUGGUGUGUAAUUCUGUCAGGGUUGAGUGUAGAGGUAACGUGGAAUCACACGCAGGACACACAGAGAUUCGAAACAGAUGUCUUUAGUGAAGUCCGAAAAUACAAGCCAAACACGGCAACAGGCCACAGGCGAAACAUACGCACACUGGUAAGAACCAAAGUAAAUGCGCACAACGUGCAGGACUCUCUCAAACAAAACGAAAAUACAGAGAGCACAGAACAGCGAACCAACUACUACACGUGACAUCGAACAAUUACACACAACACCUGACCAAACACAAGAGAACUAAAUAGGAUGCAUAAUGAGCACUUAACAAUGAACAGGUGUAACAAACAGACAAAACCAAUCAAACAUAGAAACAUAGAACGGUGGCAGCUAGUACUCCGGAGACGACGACCGCCGAAGCCUGCCCGAACAAGGAGAAGGAGCAGCCUCGGCCGAAACCGUGACAAUAGAGUGCUGAGUACCAGGCAGUUAGGAAGUUUGGUAGGCUACUAAUUACCAUCAGUGGCAUUAGAGCUUGGAGAAGCCUAAUUACCGUGACUAAAUGUCGCCGGUGGGGCGGUAAUACGGUCACCGCAACAGCUAGUCAUACAGCAUGCUCAUAACAAAUCUUACAAUGCAUAAUUAAUUAUAAUCCAUUAUACCUAUGACAUUAUAUACCUUAUAUGUAACAUUCAUGUUAUCAUAUUUUUCAUACAGCGCUACCAAGGAUGUCUACAAAAAUAAUGGCACCAAAGCUACUAAGGGUUUACUUGCAGGUUAAGUCAGUAUUAUACAAGGCUGAGUAAGGCUUUAAUGAUGUGUCUAUAUGAAUAGCCUAACUGAAAUAAACAAUAUUAGAAGGCAGGGACAGGAACUGGUGUGUCCUUAAUGGCUUUGUAAAUAAUACAUUAUUUACAAUUGGCUUCUUAGUGUUGUUGUGCCUGUCUCAGGUUGUGUCCCAAAUGGCAUCCUAUUCUCUAUAUAGUGCACUACUUUUCACCAGAGCCUUAUGGGAAUAUAGUGUAUAAGGUGCUGUGUGGGAUGCAUAUUUUAGGCUCCAGUAGUAGGCCUAUGCAUACAGUGCCUUCAGAAAGUAUUCACAACCCUUAAAAUUGAUUAAAUUGAGAUUUUAUGUCACUGGCCUACACACAAUACCCCAUAAUGUCUAAGUGGAAUUAUGUUUUUAGAAAUGUUGACACAUUAAAUCAAAAUUAAAAGCUGAAAUGUCUUGAGUCAAUAAGUAGUCAACCCCUUUGUUAUGGCAAACCUAAAUAAGUUCAAGAGUAAACAUUUGCUUAACAAGUCACAUAAUAAGUUGCAUGGACUCACUAUGUGUGCAAUAAUAGUGUUUAACAUGAUUUUUGAAUGACUACCCUCGGUCAAGCAGUGAUUUUCAAACACAGAUUCAACUACAAAAACCAGGGAGGUAUUCCAAUGCCUCGCAAAGAGGGGCACCUAUUAGUAGAUGAGUGAAAAUUAAAAUAAAAGCAGACAUUGAAUAUCCCUUUGAGCAUGGUGAAGUUAUUAAUUACACUUUGAAUGGUGUAUCAAUAUACCCAGUCACUACAAAGAUACAGCCGUCCUUCCUAAUUCAAUUGUCGAAGAGGAAGGAAACUGCUCAGGGAUUUCACCAUGAGGCCAAUGGUGACAUUAAAACAGUUACAGAGUUUUAAUGGCUGUGAUAGCAGAAAACUGAGGAUGGAUCAACAACUUGUAGUUACUCCACAAUACUGACCUAAUUGACAGAGACAAAAAGAAGCAAACCUGUACAGAAUAAAAAACAUUGCAAAACAUGCAUCCUGCAAGGUACUAAAGUAAUACUGUAAAAAAUGUGGCAAAGCAAUUAACUUUUUGUCCUGUAUACAAAGUGUUAUGUUUGUGACAAAUCCAAUACAGCACAUUACUGAGUACCACUCUCCUAUUUUCAAGCAUAGUGGUGGCUGCAUCAUGUUAUCAGUAUGCUUGUAAUCGUUAAGGACUGGGGAGUGUUUCAGGAUAAAAAAUAAAUGGAAUGGAGAUAAGCACAGGCAAAAUCCUAAGGGGAAACCUGGUUCAGUCUGCUUUCCACCAGACACUGAGGUAUGAAUACUUUCUAAACACUGAUUGGUAAUUUGUGAGGAUUAUUAAUCUGCAGGGGCAGUAGGUUAUGUUUACAGUAUGUCAUUCCUAAUGGUAAUAAACCUACCACUGUCACUCACUACAUAUUUACAUGUAGCCUAUUACACCUCAAUUGAAUUGAUUUGUGAAUACAGUACGCCUACAUACACUGUAACAAAACAACAACAACUGCAGAGGUCAAUAAUGGUUAGUCGUUUAAAGUCAACGGGUUUAUCCCCGUUUCACGCGACCGGGUUUACCCCCGUUGCAGGCGCCAACGAACCGAUUCAGCACAAUGGCCAGCGGCUCUCCUCACGCCUGCGCGACUGUGUCCCACGGUUCUAGAGCUCUGCUGGCAGGAAGAGGCCAUCGCUCGCGCUUUUUAUUGAAGGAGCCGCUUUCACUCAUUCACGCCCCCUCCUCCCUUUCUAUCCCACCUCCUUCUCGUACAUCAGCGGCGGUGACCGUGCAGGAGGAGAUUGCUGUGCUGUGUCUGUGUGCGUGCAGCAUCUCAGCUCUCUCUCCAAGCAUAAGUCGUAUUUUCUGGCAUCCUUAAGAAAAGGCUCAGCAAAUUCAGGUGUCUUUCGUUUUGAAUCAGAUAACGGUUUAAUUUCAGUUUACUAUCCGAAUAUCAAUAUCAAUUUCACAAUUUCUUCGAAUAGGAGUUCUGCCAGGCUACAUCCUCUCUAGGCUGUGAUAUGUUGGAUCCGUCAUCCAGCGAGGAGGAAUCGGAUGGUGGGAUGGUGGAGGAGGAACACCAUCACAAGGAGGCAUCGGCGCCCCAGAGCGGAGCCCGCAUCUCUCCAAGCCGGACUAGCGAGAGCUCCGGCGGGCUUGCGCCCAGCAGCAGCAGUCGCAGUAGCGCUCGCCCGACCAGCCCGAGCCCGUCAGCUGCCAGCGAGCAGGAGAAGGUGGAGGAGGCCAAUUUGCAGAAGGAGGAAGAGGAGCGCAAAAAGAAGCUGCAACUAUAUGUCUUUGUGAUGAGGUGCAUCGCCUACCCUUUCAAUGCAAAACAGCCCACAGAUAUGGCGAGGCGACAACAGAAGGUAAGCCACCCACGGUGGAAGGGAAGUAAAUCACCACAUGUCAACGAAUAGCCUCCUUUUCACAUCAAUGGUCAGCUAGAUGCUGUCAUACAGGGCCGGAGAAAAGCUACGUUAAUAAUAAACCUACCAUCCCACAAACCCUCAUGCAAUACCAUUAUAUCAAAUUGAUAGGCUAUAUAGUGCAAACAUUGCCCUUUUCCUCCAACACUGUUUAUAUGAAUGUAGAAUGUCGCUGAAUUCAGCCAUGCAUAAUGCGAGGAUAUGAACCGCAGGCAGCUAUUGUGUGGGUACGUAGGCAACCAUCAUGCAGAUUGCUGUUGCAGAGAAAAAAACACGGCUAUACACACACAGUAAUCAAUCGCAGGGCCUGGCAGACCAUCCAAUCCAUGCACGGUGUCAUUUAUAAAUGUAUCUUGCGGGAGGGAAUAUGUUGAAUAUAACCUAAAUAAAGCUGUGUCAUUGCAGUUGAAGACAUCCCCAUGUGACUAGCUUUCAUUUGAGGUCUAGAGCUGUGUGCGGUGCAAUUCCUGUUGUAGGAUAACAUUUUAGCCUUUUUGCGCCAUCACUUGACCCCUCGAUUCAUUUUCCCAAGGUGACUUAUAGUAAGACCCAAGUCCCGACAAGAUUGAGGACAUUUGGAAGCGCUGCACAUUUUCUUUUUAGCGGGGAGGCUGCAGGCAGACUAUACCAUAAUACAUAUUUAUUCAUAGAAAUUAAAUUAUUUAACCAAUUUCUGUGAAUAUUUGAUUGGGUCACGUGAUCCACAUACCAUCGAACCAUACUAUUUAGAUAGGGUAAAUUAUGGUUUAUUUAAAUCCUCUCCCUGUUUGGUGAAUAGGCAUACAUUCAGCCUUCAAUAUGUCCCCAAUAUUUCGUUUAAAAUAAACCAGGGGUGUAAAACAUUCGGUAGACACAAGCCUACCAAAAGAAAAUCGGGGUGGGGGGACGAACUCAAUAUAGCCUACAUUAAAAUGACUAAUCCCAAAUCGAAACUGUGUAGGAAUGAUAAUGGACAUACAUUUAUACAGUUUCCACGACUGUUUCCAGCUCGCUGUUAAUCACCGAAAUUAAAGCUAGACAGUCAGGGAAUAUCGAAAAUUAAAAAAAAACGAUGGAAAGAGGACUGUCUUUCGCAAGUUUUGAAAGCGAGGGAAUAAAUAUAGGGUAACCAAUUUUCAGUGUGGCCCUCCGGCCCUACUUGAAGAGCGAAUGCGGCAACGGGGCAAAAUUAGUUUGACACCCCUAAUAUAAACUGUCCCUAUAUACGACCGUGUAGGCUAGAUAGAUAUGGCUGUUUUUGAGAACACAUUGUGCUGGUGUCUGUCAACAGUGGCUAAUUUAUCAACCGUCGCGGGAUGCUGCCCAACCGACGCAAGAUGUCCACAAGCUACCGAAAAAAAUAUAACCCUAAUGGUUAACGGAAUAACAGUUUCUUCAACACUAAAUCGCCACAUUUAUUCAUAUAUAUUGUAAUUUAGAUUUUGUUGCAUAUUUUGGACGAGGGUCUAUCUAUCUAUUGUUCCUAUGAUCAAAAACAAAACUAUUGAUCCAUGUUGAUUUGCUAUAUAAUCAUAUCAGUAAAAUCAGUUGGCAUUCCACAUAAGGCCAUUUGUGUAGGUUUGCAUUUAGGUGGGUGGAGGUAAUAAGAUAAUGAUAAUCCCACAGGCCCACUAUUGGAUGUCCAUAUUAUCAUCUUUUUAAUUGCAAAGUACAAUGGCAGGCUACAGUGUUUGCAAAAUGGCAUAGCUCUCUAUCCCUAUACACUCUUAGAAAAAAAGCUGCUAUUUAGAUGUUUUUGGUUACAUUGACAUUUUAGUAAUUUAGCAGAUGCUCUUAUCCGGUGCGACUCACAGGAGCAAUUAAGGUUAAGUGCCUUGCUCAAGGGCACAUUAACAGAUAUUUCACCUAGUCAGCUCAGGGAUUCAAACCCGCAACCUUUUAGUUACUGGCCCAACAUUCUUAACUGCUAGGCUACCUGCCAGCCUCCACAGAGGGUUCUACAUGGAACCCAAAAGGCAUGGAACCCAAAAGGGUUCUUCCUGGACCCAAAAAGGGUUCUACCUGGAACCAAAAAGGGUUAUCCUAUGGGGACAGACAAAUAACCCUUUUGGAACUCUUUUUUCUAAGAGUGUAUAGUCCUAUGGGGUCUGGUCAAAAGUAGUGCAUUUACACUGCACUAUAAAGGGAAUACAUGUAGGUUGCCAUUCGGGAAGAAGCCUCAGUUAAUUCCUGUUCAUUAAAUGGCAGACAAACGCUUCUUCUUCAUAUCUCUGAUGACUCAUGGGAGUCAGCAUAGGUACUGCAUUGUAGGUCUACCCACUGAUGGGAUAAAGUGCAGUGUAUUUAGCACAUUUACAUAUUAUCAUCUCCCAUCAGAGGAGGCUGAUGGCGCCGGAGGAGAUGCCUGCCAUUUUACGGGCUCCUAACCAAUUGUGCUAUUUUGUGUUUUUUCGCGUUGUUUGUAACUUAUUUUGUACAUAAUGUUUCUGCCACCGUCGAUACAGGGGACGCAGGUGUGAGAAUUUGUCGGCGAGUGGGUAACCCGCCUCUGUCCUCCGUCCUAUUGGCCAAUUUGCAAUCAUUGGAGAAUAAACUGGAUGAGCUCCGUUCAAAGCUAUCCUACCAACGGGACAUUAAAAACUGUACUAUCUUAAGUUUCACUGAGUAGUAGCUGAAUGACGACAUGAAUAAUAUACAGUUGGCUGGGUUUUCCAUACAUCAGCAAGACAGAACAGCUACCUCCGGUAAGACAAGGGGUGGCGGUCUGUGUCUAUUUAUCAAUAACAGCUGGUGCGCGAAAUCUAAUAUUAAGGACAUUUCAAGGUUUUGCUCGCCUGAGGUAGAGUAUCUCAUGAUAAGCUGUAGACCACACUAUUUACCAAGAGAGUUUUCAUCUAUAUUUUUCAUAGCUGUCUAUUUACCACCACAAACCGAUGCUGGCACUAAGACCGUACUCAACGAGCUGUAUAAGGCCAUAAGCAAACAAGAAAAUGCUCAUCCAAAGGCUGGGGACUUUAAUGCGGGGAAACUUAAAUCCGUUUUACCUAAUUUCUACCAGCAUGUUACAUGUGCAACCAAAGGAAAAAAAAGUCUACACCACCUUUACUGCACACACAGAGACACGUACAAAGCUCUCCCUCGCCCUCCAUUUGUCAAAUCUGACCAUAAUUCUAUCCUCCUGAUUCAUGCUUACACAGAAAACUAAAGCAGGAAGUGCCAGUGACUCACUCAAUACGGAAGUGGUCAGAUGACGCAGAUGCUAAGCUACAGGACUGUUUUGCUAGCAUAGACUGGAAUAUGUUCUGGGAUUCAUCCGAUGGCAUUGAGGAGUAACCCACAUCAGUCACCGGCUUCAUCAAUAAGUGCAUCGAUGACGUCGUCCCCACAGUGACCGUACGUACAUACCCCAACCAGAAUCCAUGGAUUACAGGUAACAUCCGCACUGAUCUAAAGGGUAAAGCUGCCGCUUUCAAGGAGCAGGACUUAUAAGAAAUCCCACUAUGCCCUCCGACGAACCAUCAAAUAGGCAAAGCGUCAAUGCAGGACUAAGAUUGAAUAAUACUACACCGGCUCCGACGCUCGUCGAAUGUGGCAGGGCUUGCAAACUAUUACGGACUACAAAGGGAUUCCCAACCGCGAGCUGCUCAGUGACACAAGCCUACCAGACGAGCUAAAUUACUUCUAUGCGCGUUUCGAGGCAAGCAACACUGAAGCAUGCAUGAGAGCACCAGCUGUUCCUGACAACUGUGUGAUCACGCUCGCCGUACCCGAUGUGAGUAAGACCUUUAAACAGGUCAACAUUCACAAGGCCGCAGGGCCAGACGGAUUACCAGGACAUGUACUCCGAGCAUGCACUGACCAACUGGCAAGUUUCUUCACUGACAUUUUCAAUCUGUCCCUGAGUCUGUAAUACCUACAUGUUUAAAGCAGACCACCAUAGUGGUGUGCCCAAGAACACCAAGGUAACCUUCUUAAAUGACUAUUGACCCGUAGCACUCACAUCUGUAGUCAUGAAGUGCUUUGAAAGGCUGGUCAUGGCUCACAUCAACACCAUCAUCCCAGAAACUCUAGACCCACUCCAAUUUGCAUACUGCCCCAACAGAUCGACAGAUGGCGCAAUCUCUUUUGCACUCCACACUGUCCUUUCUCACCUGGACAAAAGGAACACCUAUGUGAGAAUGCUGUUCAUUGACUACAGCUCAGCGUUCAACACCAUAGUGCCCACAAAGCUCAUCACUAAGCUAAGGACCCUGGGACUAAACACCUCCCUCUGCAACUGGAUCCUGGACUUCCUGAGGGGCCGCUCCCAGGUGGUAAGGGUAGGCAACGACACAUCUGCCACGCUGAUCCUCAACACGGGGGCCCCUCAGGGGUGCGUGCUUAGUCCCCUCCUGUACUCCCUGUUCACCCAUGACUGCGUGACCAAGCACGACUCCAACACCAUCAUUAAGUUUGCUGACGGCACAACAGUGGUAGACCUUAUCACCGACAACAAUGAGACAGCCUAUAGGGAGGAGGACAGAGACCUGGCCGUGUGGUGCCAGGACAACAUUGUUAUUGUUAUUUUAUUGUUGCUCUUUUACUUUUUAUUUUUACUUUAGUUUAUUUAGUAAAUAUUUUCUUAGCUCUUAUUUUUCUUAAAACUGCAUUGUUGGUUAAGGGCUUGUAAGUAAGCAUUUCACGGUAAGGUCUACACCAGUUGUAUUUGGCGCCUGUGACAAAUACAAUUUGAUUUGAUUAGAUUUUUUGGUGAGGGGCGGACGGCUCUUAAUAAUUGCUGGAAUGAUGCCAUUCCAUUCAUUCUAAUCCAUUCCAGCUAUUACUAUGAGCCCAUCCUUCGAUUUAAAGUGCCACCAGCCACCACUGUCUCCUAUCCCCAUCACUACUAGCAUCAGUGGUGUAAAUGAAUGAGUUUUGGUGGGCGGCCCUCUCUUGGCAGGUUUGUUGUGGUGCCAUAUUCUUAAAUGUUUUAAAUAAUGGAUUUAAUGGUGCUCCGUGGAAUGUUCAAAGUUUCGGAUAUUUUUUUAUAACCCAACCCUGAUCUGUUUGGAGAUCUCCUUGGUCUUCAUGGUGCCGCUUGCUUGGUGGUGCCCCUUGCUUAGUUGUGUUGUGUCACGACUUCCUCCGAAGCUGCCUCGGUGUUUGUCGUCACCGGCCUUCUAGCCACUGCCGCUCCUCAUCUCAUCAUUCCAUUUGUUUUGUCUUGUUUAUUACAAACACCUGGUUCAUAUCCCCUCAUCAGUACCUGUAUAAGUGUUCCCUCUGCCCCCUUGUCUUUGUGUGUGAUUGUUUAUUGUGAGGAGAGUGAAGCUCGGUUGAGCUCCUUGUAUUUUGUAUUGCCGGGGUGUGAUGCGUGAUUUGAAGGAGUCAGGCGCAGGAGGGUAAAUCACAGUAUACAGAGUUUAUUCCGUAAUCCAGCGUAACCAGUCCAGUGCGCAAAACAGGCGCACUGGAACAAACAUGCACACGGGGAAAAUACUCCGGCAAUACAAAAUACUGAGCUCAACCGAGCUACUAAUCCUCACAAUGAACAACCACCCACAAGGACAAGGGGACAGAGGGAACACUUAAACACGUACUAAUGAGGGGCAUUUGAGCCAGGUGUGUGUAAUUGACAAGACAAGACAAAUGGAAUGAUGAGAUAUGGAGCGGCAGUGGCUAGAAGGCCGGUGACGAUGAACGCCAAAGCCUGCCAGAACAAGGUGGGGAGGCAGCCUCGGAGGAAGUCGUGACACGGGGUAAUUCCCUGUGUGCCUUGUUGGUUCCAGUGCGCCUGUUUUGCGCACUGGACUGUUUUGAUGCAUUACUGCGUAAACUCUGUAUUCCGGAGUAAACUCUGUUAUUCUGUGAUUUACCCUCCUGCGCCUGACUACUUCAAAUCACCCAUCACAUAAUAAUAUGCCAUUUAGCAGACGCUUUUAUCCAAAGCGACUUACAGUCAUGCGUGCAUACAUUAUUAUUUAUUUGUGUAUGGGUGGUCCCGGGGAUCGAACCCACUACCUUGGCGUUACAAGCGCCGUGCUCUACCAGCUGAUCUACAGAGGACCACAUGUUGUAGACUCUGGGGCCUUUCAGAACAGGUGUAUAUAUACUGAGAUCAUAAGAUAGAUCAUGUGACACUUACACUUCACACAGGUGGACUUUAUUUAACUAAUUAUGUGACUUCUGAAGGUAAUUGGUUGCACCAGAUCUUAUUUAGGGCCUUCAUAGCAAAGGGGGUGAAUACAUAUGCACGCACCACCUUUCCGUUAUUUAUUUUUUUGAAUUUUUUGAAACAAGUUAUUUUUCUCAUUCCACUUCACCAAUUUGGACUAUUUUGUAUAUGUCCAUUACAUGAAAUCCAAAUAAAAAUCCAUUUAAAUUACAGGUUGUAAUGCAACAAAAUAGGCAAAACACCAAGGGGGAAGAAUACUUUUGCAAGGCACUGUAUGCAUCAUUGCCCUCCUGAUAUAAAUAUUGAAGUAAAGGUUGAAAUCAGAUAAUACUGUAAGUAAUGAAUGUUAGGUCUCAACUUCUAGAUAGGGAACUGAUAACCAAGACAGACACAUUUACCAGUCAUUACCAUAUUACCUACCUACGCUUUGAGCCCCACAGUGGAACCACACAUUGGAACCAUGGCAGCAUCCCAAAUGGCAGCAUAUUCCCUAUAUAUACCACCACUAUUUUUUACCAGAGCCCUAUGGGCCCUAGUACACUAUAUUGGGACACAGCCUCUGACCCAGUCUACUCAGGACGGUGAGUCAUAAAUGUCACUACCGACUGAGACCAUUAGCUAAAAGAUGAAGUCAUUAGGCUACUCUGAACUUCAUUACAGAUCUUUUGUUGUGACUGAGUUUGGGACUUUAUGAAGAGAGUAUUUUCUAUGGCUCCAGAUUUAAACCUGAUAUAAAGGAAUAUAAGAUAAGAAAUAUUCGUAUUUGUGAUUUACAAGCAUUUACAAGACUUAAGUCUUUCUGUACUAGUAACCCACUGGGCACAGACAUCAGUUCAACGUCUAGUUUUGAUUUACAUUUGGUUGAGUUGUCAACUAACAAAUAUUUCAACGUGAAAUCCACCAAAAAUGGCACCAUGGGAUUGGAUUUAGGUUAAAAGUUGGUUGAAAAAAAAACAAGAAAUGCCCUUAGUUUGAUGACUUUUUCAAAAUCAAUCAGUUUUGACACAUUAAUUCAACAUCAUCACAUAGAUUUUUUGGGUUGAAAUGACUUGGAAACAAUGUUGAUUUUACCAGUUUUUGCCCAGUGGGAAAGGCCUAUAAUUACAGGUACUUGCAAAGCACUACAGUGGAACUUAAAGGUGUUCUCCAGAACCUGUUGUUUCAGAUAUUUCCUUUUAAAGAAGAAAGAACAUUGAUCACUGAUCAGUCAAAUACAUUUAAAGCUAUAAUGUUAUCAUUUAUAAUGUAGUUGUCAUCCAUUUACACAUUAUUUAUUCCUCAAAAGAAUAUGGCACAUUCUCAUGAAUCCAUACUUUAUAAUUGUUGUUAUAUAACAUUUCCCUUUGGAAGCCCAUUGAUAAUCAAACCAAUGGCUUACGUAAUAAUUUCUUCCUAAUUGCCCGAUGGUGGAUACAUGCAGAAAUAAUAUACAGCCUAUCGUUUUUUCCUAUGGUUCCAGAUCAGUCACCGGAAUAGGAUGAAAGCUUUUGUGUAAUGAAAGGACUUGAAAGCCCUUCUGUGUAGCUGCCUGGCGAAGGAGAGGAGAGGAGCAGCUAGGCUGCAGCAUCAUAAUCCGUUAUUAGGACUUGUGGCUGGCACAUCAACAGAACCUUAUAGUGACUUGGGCUAUCAGAGUGAAACAGGCCUUGGUACGGACACAGACAGACAGACAGACAGACAGAGGAGGCAGCAGAGGCAGAGGAAAAGGAUCUGGGCUGUUGCUCCUUGAAGUACAGUGCAGUGACCCUGUGAAAGACACAACACAAUCGGGCAAUUACUGACUGUCACUUCCUUUUGAGCCCCGUGAAAAAUGAUUUCUUCAGUCUGAAAGCUCUUAUUCUCUCUCCCAGCUAAAGGGAGAGGGGGCAUAUUGUAAACAUUGCUGCUUUGCUGUGCUGCCAUUGAGUCUAUUCUUAAAGACCCCAAACAUAUUUUAGUCAUUGUUUAUGCAUAUAGGCUCAUGUGCAUAUGUAUAGUGGCUUGCGAAAGUAUUCACCCCCCUUGGCAUUUAUCCUAUUUUGUUGCCUUACAACCUGGAAUUAAAAUGGAUUUUUGGGGGGUUUGUAUCAUUUGAUUUACACAACAUGCCUACCACUUUAUUGACUGAUAGUCAAUAUGUUUUCUUUUGAAACAAACAAGAAAUAAGAAAAAAAAACAGAAAACUUUUGUAGCAAUUACAGCUGCAAGUCUCUUGGGGUAUGUCUCUAUAAGCGUGGCACAUCUAGCCACUGGGGUUUUUGCCCAUUCUUCAAGGCAAAACUGCUCCAGCUCCUUCAAGUGUUGUGGAAAAUAACCACUAUACUUUAUUAAAAAUCAAAAGUCUUACAGAGUUUUUGUUGCAUCAAGAAUGACUUUUUUUUUAUUCAACAAAGCCAGGUCAAUCUGCAGAUUGGAACCCCCUCUUCUUCUCUCCCUCCAUCUUAUAUAGCGCCCUCUUCAGUUUCCCGCUCUUUUAUUGCUCCGCCCACUUCCUUUGUCUCUGAGGGCGGCUAAAUUCGACUUUCAGAGUACUACAAUCAAUCAAUCCUUAUCUUGCAAAAACACUCAUGUUUAGUUUCAAACUCUGUUCAACCCGGCUCUUUUCACUGUGUUUGAAGAUAGAAACAAAAGGCCCAAGCCAGUUUCAGUCUCUGAUAUGAUAAGACAACCAUGGAUCUAAGUAAGCACAAGCAAUUUGACCCUGGGUCAGCUUCCCUCUUUUACCCACACACACAUUGAAAUGACCCAAUUCAGUUAGCCACAAAGAAUGUUAACUAUAUGUUGAUGAUUAACUCAGUUUUACCUCAUAGUCUAUUAAAAAUACACAUCAUAUCCCUCCUAAUGGGAUUACUAAUCCCAUAAAUGUACAAAAGUAUAUUAUGUUUAUGCUAUCAAUCACGAUCUUUGCAUUCAAGGUUAUACUCAUAAUAAAAAUAUCAAUAUUUCUACUUAAAAUAAUUCCAAGAUAAGUGUUAGUAUCCUAACACAUUAAAACUAACGUAGCGUUGUUUUAACCAAACUACCUAGGACAUGUUUAAGAAUAGUUUCAACAUCUUUAACUCACAUACAGUGGGGGAAAAAAGUAUUUAGUCAGCCACCAAUUGUGCAAGUUCUCCCACUUAAAAAGAUGAGAGAGACCUGUAAUUUUCAUCAUAGGUACACGUCAACUAUGACAGACAAAUUGAGGAUUUUUUUUUCCAGAAAAUCACUGUAGGAUUUUUAAUGAAUUUAUUUGCAAAUUAUGGUGGAAAAUAAGUAUUUGGUCACCUACAAACAAGCAAGAUUUCUGGCUCUCACAGACCUGUAACUUCUUCUUUAAGAGGCUCCUCUGUCCUCCACUCGUUACCUGUAUUAAUGGCACCUGUUUGAACUUGUUAUCAGUAUAAAAGACACCUGUCCACAACCUCAAACAGUCACACUCCAAACUCCACUAUGGCCAAGACCAAAGAGCUGUCAAAGGACACCAGAAACAAAAUUGUAGACCUGCACCAGGCUGGGAAGGCUGAAUCUGCUAUAGGUAAGCAGCUUGGUUUGAAGAAAUCAACUGUGGGAGCAAUUAUUAGGAAAUGGAAGACAUACAAGACCACUGAUAAUCUCCCUCGAUCUGGGGCUCCACGCAAGAUCUCACCCCGUGGGGUCAAAAUGAUCACAAGAACGGUGAGCAAAAAUCCCAGAACCACACGGGGGGACCUAGUGAAUGACCUGCAGAGAGCUGGGACCAAAGUAACAAAGCCUACCAUCAGUAACACACUACGCCGCCAGGGACUCAAAUCCUGCAGUGCCAGACGUGUCCCCCUGCUUAAGCCAGUACAUGUCCAGGCCCGUCUGAAGUUUGCUAGAGUGUAUUUGGAUGAUCCAGAAGAGGAUUGGGAGAAUGUCAUAUGGUCAGAUGAAACCAAAAUAUAACUUUUUGGUAAAAACUCAACUCGUCGUGUUUGGAGGACAAAGAAUGCUGAGUUGCAUCCAAAGAACACCAUACCUACUGUGAAGUAUGGGGGUGGAAACAUCAUGCUUUGGGGCUGUUUUUCUGCAAAGGGACCAGGAUGACUGAUCCGUAUAAAGGAAAGAAUGAAUGGGGCCAUGUAUCGUGAGAUUUUGAGUGAAAACCUCCUUCCAUCAGCAAGGGCAUUGAAGAUGAAACGUGGCUGGGUCUUUCAGCAUGACAAUGAUCCCAAACACACCGGCCGGGCAACGAAGGAGUGGCUUCGUAAGAAGCAUUUCAAGGUCCUGGAGUGGCCUAGCCAGUCUACAGAUCUCAACCCCAUAGAAAAUCUUUGGAGGGAGUUGAAAGUCUGUGUUGCCCAGCGACAGCCCCAAAACAUCACUGCUCUAGAGGAGAUCUGCAUGGAGGAAUGGGCCAAAAUACCAGCAACAGUGUUUGAAAACCUUGUGAAGACUUACAGAAAACGUUUGACCUGUGUCAUUGCCAACAAAGGGUAUAUAACAAAGUAUUGAGAAACUUUUGUUAUUGACCAAAUACUUAUUUUCCACCAUAAUUUGCAAAUAAAUUCAUUAAAAAUCCUACAAUGUGAUUUUCUGGAAAAAAAUUUCUCAUUUUGUCUGUCAUAGUUGACGUGUACCUAUGAUGAAAAUUACAGGCCUCUCUCAUCUUUUUAAGUGGGAGAACUUGCACAAUUGGUGGCUGACUAAAUACUUUUUUUCCCCACUGUAUAUUCAUUUAGAUCACUCCGUCAGCUUACAAUUCAUAAUCAUAAUCAAAUUACCCAAGACAAAUUUAUAAUGACAAUUCUUAGUUAGUCACCUUGGUUCCAUCAUUUAAAGUUAAAACUCUCACCUUGGCACAUACUGACACUGGCAGAAUGUACAUUUAUAUUAUCCAUAAUUUUAGCAUUAUCUUCCUCAUAAAGAGAAUUACAACAGAUCAGUAUCUCAAUGCAUUCCUAGUCUAAAUUACUAUAAAUUUAGCAGUGUAUAAUACCUCCUUAAUCAACCUACUACCUCAAAUAAUAAUCCCUUCCUCCCCCGGCACUUAAUCUUCUGGCGUCUUCAUUUUGUUCUUCAGAUAGCUUCAUAGUUCAUCUUGGAUUGCCCAUGGCAAUGUCCCAAUUCCAAUGUCACACCUGAGCCGCCCCACCUCUACCUUCAUUCUGUUUUGUCCAUUUUGAUAAUCAGUAUACCCAAACUAUGAGAAAUGUUGUAUUUGAAUAGUUCUCUCUUCCUGCUCACUCCACAUGGACUCCUGUCACAUUCUUGAGAGAAAAGGCCUAAAAGAAAAGGCAAUUGAUUGCUUUGAUUUGAUGCUGGUUCUGAUUCAGGUCUCCUGGUAGAGGUGUGCUGGACAGGAACGUCUUCAACGCCUUUGUUGCUCCUCUUCAGCCGGGUAGAGGGUUUUUGGUUUUUAUUGAGGUUCACACCAUUUUCGACUGAAUUAUCUCUGCUAUGCAUUACGACACCAUCUGUAGUAACCUCAAGAAAGGACAAAUCAUAACAGUUUAGUUGAAUUCAUUUCCCAUCCAAAACAUCCCUAUAAGCAUUGAGUAUAUGACAAGUUAUUAUGUUUCACCAAUCAUUCUUAAUACCAAUUUCUAAUAAUUGAUCCUGCUGCCUGAUGGAUUUUUCUUUGAGGGGUGUCUGUAUUCCAAAGGCUAUCUGUAUAAAUGCCACAUAGUUCCACAUUCUCCCUUGAAUUCUCCCAAAUUAUAUAACCCAAUUGUUUUAUUGUAACACUCCUAUAUUUGCUCAUAGUCUAUUUGAUAUUACUCUGGUGUUUCCCUUUUCCUUGUUCCUAUUCUAACAAUCGCUUACACUUCUCUCCUCAUCCUGAUUGAUUAUAAAAUUGGUCAUAUUUAGGAUUUCCUAAAUAUACCAAACAUUCUUCUGGGCAAUAUGGUCUUUCCAAGUCCCUUAAAUGACAGAAGUUGUGGUUGAACAUAGCACAGUCCUGGCAACUGUGAAGAUUUGGAAUUACUGUUAAUUCUUUUACAGGAGAUGUGAUGCAUACUAGACUAUCUUCUUUAUUUAAUUUUAACGUAAUAUAUUGUGCUCAUCUAUACCAAUCAUUGUCUAACGACUCCUUCCAUUCCCUUUCUUCUGCAGUUGGUAUGGCUCUAACAUGUACAGGGUUUAGUGCACUUUCCCAAGGAAUAACUACUUCACCAACACUCCCCCUGGAAAUGUAGCACUAAGUACUACAUCAAAUUGUUUAUAUAAGUCUUGGGCUUCUACUCUUAUGUCUAUGAUCCACCUGUCUUUUUAUUUUAUUAUCUUAAAGUCACAGUUACCCCAUGUGGUUUCCCCAUACCCCUUGUGCUGGUUCCUCCCACACCAACAACCAGUUUAACCCUUGUACUUUAAUAGUGAACCCAUUCUGUAUUCUAGUUAUGGUUCCUGCUUGCGCAGGAAUAUACAUUUUAAUCCUAUCUAUAUCUCUAUGUCUUGAUAUUUUGCUCUUCACUACUGUCAGUAUGCUAUUCCCCUUAUUUUUAGGGGAACUAAUCAAGGGCAGAGAAAUCAAUGAUGGGGAUAUCUGGUGCGUCUUGGAUGUAUGAAAUAUCCUGAAGAUCUAGAUGGUCUUGAAGGUCUCUAAAGAUAUAUAGGAUUAAUGCCAAUUUAUAUACUUCUUCACAAUUCCUUAUUAUAACCAACCCCCAAUUCAGCAUACCUCUAGGAUUUACAGUGUGGGUGAUCAAGUCACACUAUAAAGCCAGGAAAGAUUGCAGAGAUCAUUGAAAUCAUUCAAUUAAUUGUUCCAUCCAAUAGUAUACUAAACAUUACCAACAUUCAAAACAUCUCAUUAAUGUUGUGUAUACCAAGUAUACAUUAAGUCCUUAGUACAGCUCUUUUCAAAAGAAAUCACAUGUAGUUACUGAUCAUUCAGUAAACAAAAGCCCAAAAUACAUGUGUUUUCCCCCUUAAGACAUACCACUUCUACCCCGUGAAAAGAACCCUAAAAGUUUGGCACCCCCUUUGAAGAGGGGGAUGACCGCGGUAGCUUUCCAAUCUCUUGGGAUCUCAGACGAUACAAAAGAGAGGUUGAACAGGCUAGUAAUAGGGGUUGCGACAAUUUCGGCGGCUAAUUUUAGAAAGAAAGGGUCCAAUUGUCUAGCCCAGCUGAUUUGUAGGGGUCCAGAUUCAGCAGCUCUUUCAGGACAUCAGCUGUCUGAAUGUGGGUGAAGGAGAAGCGGGGGGGGGGGGGGGCAUGGGCAAGUAGACGAUCUCGUCGUUGCAACGGGAAGCCUGUUCAAACCACAUCAGACGAUUACGUCGGCAGACCAGUCGUGAUGGAUCGGCGGGGCUCCGUGUCGACACUAGUAGGUUCCGUCCGGUUGACAGAGAGGUAGAUAGCCGGGAGAUGGGCCUGGCUCGAGGCUAGCUCAAGACUAACUGGUACGUUGGGAAGUGGUGAUUAGCCAACAACAGCCAUUCGGUUGCAGCUAGCUAGUUGCGAUGGUCCGGUGUUAAGGUCCAGUGAUUAAGUGAUUCCGGCAGAAAAUCCGAUAUGCUCUGGGUCGAUAGCACGCUAUGCAGACUGGCCGAUAAUUGUCCAGGCUAGAGCUGGCUGGUAGGUAGUGCAGGCCACGGACAGUGGUGAAGACCGCUAACGGUGGCUAAUAGCAAGUAGCUAGUUAGCUGGCUAGCUGGCUAGCUGGCUAGUUUCAGCCGUAGGUUCUUGAUAAAAAUAAAGAAAUAAUAGAAUCCGUUACACAUUGGGUGAGGCGGGUUGCAGGAAAGUAUAUUUAGUUAAAGGAUGGAAAGUGAGAUGGAGAAAUAUAUAAGAAUAAAAAACAACAGGCUAUUUACACGAGGACACAACACAAUACACGACCGCACUACUACGCCAUCUUGGAACUAUCUGCUGUCCAACUCUGGCAUGACCAGGAUUCAGUGUAUGGUUAAUCUCACGCCAAGAACAUCAAGGUCCAUUGUGGUACCAUGCUACUAUCACCCAGAACCGGGAAUUACAUCUUUCUCUUUUUAACACUAGCUUGACAUCGUGUUAUCUUUCCUGCCAUAUCCUUCCAGCACCUUAGUAUAUAAGUACGGGAAACUAAUGGCAGGACAAUUUUUACUGUAUCAGUAAGUCAAUUGAAGUCCUGUACCCAUCAACCCUAAAUAAUGCAGUCCAGGUGACCAAUACAGUGUCGGAAGCUAGGCUUGAACAAUAUUCACUUUCCCAAAAUUCCCAGGGUUACCAGAAAUCCUGGUUGGAACAUUCCCAAAAUUAGGAGAGAAUUUUUGGGAAAGUUACUAGAAUCUUGCAGCCCCAGCAGCUACCUAGCCUCACCACCUGGAUGUUUAAAGGGCUGGCCUAUCCUGUCACUCCUGCCAACAGUCUCUCUACAGGAUGUGAAGCCAUGAGACCCGGAGUUGUUGCUAGGCAGACCUUGGAUGCAUCUCAAAUGGCACUAUAUUCCGUAUGUAGUGCACUACUUUUUACCAUGGCCUAUAGGGCUCAGGUCAAAAGUAUUGCAUUACAGUAUAUAGGGGAUAGUGUGCCAUUUGGGAUGCAGACCUACUCUCCUUGAAGAUUGGUGUUGCUGGGCUGCAUUUCAUUCCAGGAAUAUGAUCCCUCCCCUUUGCCCUCCACUCCCCUUCAUGGAUCUGAGACAAGUGGGUAGGUGUACGCAAUAGCUCUACAUAGUUUCUGCCAUAUUGCUUUCCCCUGCCCAGUUCUGUCAGAUCUGUGAAGGGGAGUGAACAUGAGGAUAUGAAGGGAGGGAAUAUCUUCUUGGAAUGAAAUGCACCCCUCCAUGGCUAUUUAAAACCAUACUGCACUACCUACCGCCACUUAUUUCCUUCAUUAUCUUUGCUUUGAUAUAUCGCCAAGAUCUGACCCUGGCUUUCAUGUGGCUAAUGAGUUGGGCCGAUCCACUUCACUUAUCUUGUUAUAUUAAUACAGCAUUAAUCCUCCAAAUCCUAACCUUCCAUCAGGCUCUCCCUGCGCUGAACAUCUGUGUCCCAAAUUCCCUAUUUAGUGCACUACUUUUGACCAGAGCCCAUAGGUGUAUCAGUAUUGAGAAUUAGGGGGUAGUCUUUCUUUAGCUUCUUUCCAUCUCAUUUCCACUUCAAACACCUAAGAAAACCUUGGACAGACAUAGAUAUAAACAUGCACAUUCUGUCCCACAAUAACAUCCAAAGUAAAUAGACAAAACACACACAAACACUAGACAUGAUCAUUUCCAUACCAUUUCCAGAAAGAGCCACGUUGGCACCUCUUCACCAGCGUCAUUAAAAAGCCCUUGAGGACCAAACGACAAGAGGAUCGGAGGAGUAAAGUGAAUUGCAGAGGCUCGACUACUAUAUUACAAGAAUGCUAACUUCAUCAACCUCUCAAUUCACCACUGAUUUGCACCUCAAUCGUGUUCAUAAUGAACUCAUCAGGCCUGCGCUGCGUAGCUCCCCUGCUCCUGUUCCCUGUUCCCAGGCAGCAGAGGAGAAGGAGUGGAGCAGCGUUGGGGCGCUGGACCCAGGAGUUAGGGGGUUAGCUUAUCUCAUGAAGGGUCAGUCAGAGGCUGAAAAGGAGAUGUGUUGAUUGAGGUUUGAGUAUAGUCUCAAAUGCAGGGAAUUGGUGUUUCUCAGAUGGAUCAUGGAUGGAGGGAGGUAGAAUAUGGUGUGACGAAUCCACUGACAUCCCUAAUACCCAAACAAACUCUAGUAGAGGCAUUGUACUGUCACGUAUGAAUACAAAUCCUUGUACACAAAUUCACACACACCAAACAUGUACAGUGCCUUGCAGAAGUAUUCAUCCCCCUUGGCGUUUUUCCAAUUUUGUUGCAUUACAACCUGUAAUUUAAAUGGAUUUUUAUUUGGAUUUCAUGUAAUGGACAUACACACAAUAGUCAAAAUUGGUGAAGUGGAAUGAAAAAAAUGAACUCUAAAAAAUGAAUAAUGGAAAAGUGGUGCGUGCAUACAGUGGGGAAAAAAAGUAUUUAGUCAGCCACCAAUUGUGCAAGUUCUCCCACUUAAAAAGAUGAGAGAGGCCUGUAAUUUUCAUCAUAGGUACACGUCAACUAUGACAGACAAAAUGAGAUUUUUUUUCUCCAGAAAAUCACAUUGUAGGAUUUUUAAUGAAUUUAUUUGCAAAUUAUGGUGAAAAAUAAGUAUUUGGUCAAUAACAAAAGUUUUUCAAUACUUUGUUAUAUACCCUUUGUUGGCAAUGACACAGGUCAAACGUUUUCUGUAAGUCUUCACAAGGUUUUCACACACUGUUGCUGGUAUUUUGGCCCAUUCCUCCAUGCAGAUCUCCUCUAGAGCAGUGAUGUUUUGGGGCUGUCGCUGGGCAACACGGACUUUCAACUCCCUCCAAAGAUUUUCUAUGGGGUUGAGAUCUGGAGACUGGCUAGGCCACUCCAGGACCUUGAAAUGCUUCUUACGAAGCCACUCCUUCGUUGCCCGGGCGGUGUGUUUGGGAUCAUUGUCAUGCUGAAAGACCCAGCCACGUUUCAUCUUCAAUGCCCUUGCUGAUGGAAGGAGGUUUUCACUCAAAAUCUCACGAUACAUGGCCCCAUUCAUUCUUUCCUUUACACGGAUCAGUCGUCCUGGUCCCUUUGCAGAAAAACAGCCCCAAAGCAUGAUGUUUCCACCCCCAUGCUUCACAGUAGGUAUGGUGUUCUUUGGAUGCAACUCAGCAUUCUUUGUCCUCCAAACACGACGAGUUGAGUUUUUACCAAAAAGUUAUAUUUUGGUUUCAUCUGACCAUAUGACAUUCUCCCAAUCCUCUUCUGGAUCAUCCAAAUGCACUCUAGCAAACUUCAGACGGGCCUGGACAUGUACUGGCUUAAGCAGGGGGACACGUCUGGCACUGCAGGAUUUGAGUCCCUGGCGGCGUAGUGUGUUACUGAUGGUAGGCUUUGUUACUUUGGUCCCAGCUCUCUGCAGGUCAUUCACUAGGUCCCCCUGUGUGGUUCUGGGAUUUUUGCUCACCGUUCUUGUGAUCAUUUUGACCCCACGGGGUGAGAUCUUGCGUGGAGCCCCAGAUCGAGGGAGAUGAUCAGUGGUCUUGUAUGUCUUCCAUUUCCUAAUAAUUGCUCCCACAGUUGAUUUCUUCAAACCAAGCUGCUUACCUAUUGCAGAUUCAGUCUUCCCAGCCUGGUGCAGGUCUACAAUUUUGUUUCUGGUGUCCUUUGACAGCUCUUUGGUCUUGGCCAUAGUGGAGUUUGGAGUGUGACUGUUUGAGGUUGUGGACAGGUGUAUUUUAUACUGAUAACAAGUUCAAACAGGUGCCAUUAAUACAGGUAACGAGUGAAAGACAGAGGAGCCUCUUAAAGAAGAAGUUACAGGUCUGUGAGAGCCAGAAAUCUUGCUUGUUUGUAGGUGACCAAAUACUUAUUUUGCACCAUAAUUUGCAAAUAAAUUCAUAAAAAAUCCUACAAUGUGAUUUUCUGGAUUUUCUUUCUCUGAAUUUGUCUGUAGUUUUACCUAUGAUGAAAAUUACAGGCCUCUCUCAUCUUUUUAAGUGGGAGAACUUGCACAAUUGGUGGCUGACUAAAUACUUUUUUUCCCCACUGUAUGUAUUCACCCCCUUUGCUAUGAAGCCCCUAAAUAAGAUCUGGUGCAAUAAAUUACCUUCAGAAGUCACAUAAUUAGUUAAAUAAAGUCCACCUGUGUGCAAUCUAAGUGUCACAUGAUCCGUCACAUGAUCUCAGUAUAUAUACACCUGUUCUGAAAGGCCCCAGAGUCUGCAACACCACUAAGCAAGGUGACACCACCAAGCAAGCAGCACCAUGAAGACCAGUGAGCUCUCCAAACAGGUCAGGGACAAAGUUGUAGAGAAUUACAGAUCAGGGUUGGGUUAUAAAAAAAGAUCAGAAACUUUGAACAUCCCACGGAGCACCAUUAAAUCCAUUAUUAAAUAAUGGAAAGAAUAUGGCACCACAACAAACCUGCCAAGAGAGGGCCGCCCACCAAAACUCACGGACCAGGCAAGGAGGGCAUUAAUCAGAGAGGCAACAAAGACACCAAAGAGAACACUGAAGGAGCUGCAAAGCUCCACAGCGGAGAUUGGAGUAUCUGUCCAUAGGACCACUUUAAGCUGUACACUCCACAUAGCUGGGCUUUACGGAAGAGUGGCCAGAAAAAAGCCAUUGCUUAAAGAAAAAAAUAAGCAAACACGUUUGGUGUUCGCCAAAAGGUAUGUGAGAGACUCCCCAAACAUAUGGAAGAAGGUUCUCUGGUCAGAUGAGACUAAAAUUGAAUACUUUCGCAAGCCACUGUAUAUGGCCAAUAUAUCACGGCUAAGGGCUGUUCUUAAGCACGGCGCAACACGGAGUGCCUGGACACAGCCCUUAGCCGUGGUAUAUUGGCCAUAUAUCACAAACUCCCGAGGUGCCUUAUUGCUAUUAUAAACUGGUUACCAACGUAAUUAGAGCAGUAAAAAUAAAUGUUUUGUCAUACCCAUGGUAUACGGUCUGAUAUACCACGUCUGUCAGCCAAUCAGCAUUCAGGGCUCGAACCACCCAGGUUAUAAUACAUUACAUUAUCUAUACAUUGUUGGUAUCAGUAUAUAAUGUAAUCUAUACAAAAAUAAAAAAUAAAGUACAAUAGCUAAAAGGAUGUUUGUGUCUGCAUGUCUGCAUUGAUAUUGACUAUGACGUUCCACGGUUCCUCUUCUCUUGCUGCUCUCAGCUGUUUUAUAACUAAUACUAAUACGUUUGUACACUAAUACCUCCUUCUACCUAAUGGACAGCUCAAUUAGUGUUUAGCGUAAUGGGAACCCACCCCACGCCUACGGUUUGGGUUCAGUAACACUGGACUUCAUUGGCUCUCAGGCUGCCUUUACACAGGUAGUCCAAUUCUGAUAUUCACUUAUUGGGCUUUUGACUAAUCAGAUCAGCUCUUUUGUCAAUAAUUGGUUAAAAGAUCAGAAUUGGGCUCCCUGUGUAAAUGCAGCCUCAGUGAGCUGGAAAGGAAAGCACAUACAAAGAACAAACUAGGAUAGAUACCAAUAGAGAUAGAGAACUGGAGAGGCUCUGGAAAGCACAUAAAAAGCAGUGCACAACACAAGACCUCUUAGGCUGUCCUGUUGGAGAAUGUACGUAGCUAUGGUUUUACUGAGCUAGUUUGACAGACUCAUGCCUACCACACAACUGUUUUAGUCCACUGAGCUAAAGCAUAGGCUGUGAGCUGGGGUUUUAGUGAGCUAGGAGAGACAUUAAUUAUAUAGCCUACAGUAUGGUCAGGUAUUGAAGUACUGAUUUGAGUGUCCUCCCAUGCAUGGCUUGACAUAUAUCUCCAGUGCCAUACAUCUGCUUGUUGAUUUCUACAAUGAGGUCUAAGGCUCACUGGAGCAAUGGGAUGAAACCCAGAGAGGAGAAGUGGAUUGAAGGAGGAGAGGGAUGUGGAGAGACAGAGAAGAGAAGAAGAGGAGUGAUUGGACAGUGAAUGGUCUUGUCCCAGUAGAGAGACAGAGAAGAGGAGGAGUGAUUGGACAGUUAAUGGUCUUGUCCCAGUAGAGCGACAGAGGCACAGGGGCAUGAGCUCAUGCGCUAUAGCUGGAUCAUUACCACCUCUCCCCCUCCCCUCUUUCCCUCCAUCCUUCUCCUCCUCCACUCCUAUUCUCCCAUUCUUCCAACCUCCCCUCCCAGAAGUAUAAUGGGACAACAACACCAGUGUAGAGCAGCAGCCAACGCCCUCCAGGGGCUGUGUGUGUGUGUGUGUGUGUGUGUGUGUGUGUGUGUGUGUGUGUGUGUGUGUGUGUGCGUGCACUACCUCAACACCCUGUUAUUCCAUUGGUUAACAAGUUUUCCCCCUUCUUCCCCUCAUCAACAACCUGUUUUAAACAGAAACAUUUCGCUGCUCACUCACUCACUUUCCCCCUAACAACACAACCCCUUAAUUAGUGUGUGUGUGACCUUCCAUCUACCUCAGGGGAAGAGGAGGAAGCCUCCUCUAGUUCUUCUGCCUAUCUAUCUAUCGCUGUCCUAAAAUGAGAUCAGUAGGGUACCUAGACGCCUCAUUCAUACUGCUGUAUUUCUAUGGGGUGUUUAGCUUAGCUUCUCUCCUCUUUUAACUUUCACUCAAUCCGUGUAAUAUUUAUCUUAUUUGCAUCGCUGAUCCCAGCAGGAUUUAUAUUACAGCAUGAGUCUAUUCUGUCUCCCGUUGUUGAAGAUUCAUGAUGCCAGCCUGCGUUUUCAAACAGGACCCAUAUAUUUACAUUGGCGGCAGACGAUAUGCCCACCCACAUACUCACGUUCACACACAGAUAGAGACAGAGAGAGGGAGAUAAAAGCAACAAAAAUCCUUGAUGUAGGAAAAGCACCACCAGAAGAGUGAGUUUCUGCCAAAUGUGACCAUACACAGUCACCAAACGUGUCCAUACACAGUCACCAAACGUGCCCACACACAGUCACCAAACGUGCCCAUACACAGUCAACAAACGUGCCCAUACACAGUCACCAAACGUGCCCAUACACAGUCACCAAACGUGCCCAUACACAGUCACCAAAUGUGCCCAUACACAGUCACCAAAUGUGCCCAUACACAGUCACCAAAUGUGCCCAUAUACAGUCACCAAAUGUGCCCAUACACAGUCAGCGCCAGCUAGCUUCAUGCUCUGUAGCUACAGUAUGGCAGCAGCAUGCCAACAGGGUUUUAAUCCCUUUACAUCAGCCCCCUGCUUCUCCUAGCUUCUCCCUGAGCCUCACAUAUCAUCUGCGCUGAUGUCGCCAUCCCACUGGGCACAGACGUUAGUUCAACGUCUAUCUUUGAUUUACAUUUGGUUGAGUUGUUAACUAACAUCAAUUAAAUGUGAAAUAAUAAAUACAUAAACCACAAUUUCAUUGGAUUUAGGUUAAAAGUUGGGUGAAAAAAAGAUUCCCUUACGUUGAUGACUUUUUGCUAAUCUAAUCAGUUUUCCACGUUGAUUCAACAUCAUCACAAUGAAUAGUUUGUUGAAAUGACGUGGAAACAAAUGUUGAUUCAACAAGUUUUUGCCCAGUGGGGUCUUGCCAUUCACUCUCAAACUGAAGUCCGUUACAAGCAACUGGGUUAAAGCCAAUAUGGAUAUUGUUUAGUUUAUAAUAUCUUCUGUAUCUAUUCUGAUGAAACUGUGAACUAGUACAGAGAGAGAGAGAGAGAGAGAGAGAGGGGGGGGGGGGAGGGGGAGCGAGUAGUUUGAGGGGGGAGCGAGAGAUAAUUGAGUUUCUCACUCUCUAUCUCCUCUCGCCUCUACAGCUCCCCUCUCUCUACCGCUAGCGGAAAGAGAUGAUAAGGAACCAGCCCUGUCUAGCAGCAUCUUCGUGGCAUUAUGAGCUGUGAAUUUGGGCUGAGGAACGGGGGACGGAGGGGGGGGAGGGAGAAGAGAGGAGCGGGGGAGGACUGUACAAAGUGUUCCUCUCCAUAGAGCAGCUCUAAGAGAGCCUCACAGCUCCAGAGAUCCUGAAAUGUGAUGGUUAGAGCCUUGGGAUUUGGUUAUGGGCUGGAGCCUGGGGAACAGGGUGUGGUACGUAGCCUGCCUUGGGAAGUGGUUGUUUGCCGGAGUCUGUCCUGGGGAUAGGUUAAAGGUUAUGGCAGGGGCAGUUUGCCCAUUUCCCUCAGGUGCUGUGCUGUUUGUGAAGCCUGUAUCAGACACAGACAUAGGUCCUGAAUCUAUCUCUAUCUCUCUUUCUCUGUUUCUCAAUUUUCACUCUCUCUGUUUCUCUCUCUCUUGCGCGCUCUCUCUCUUACCGCAGCCAUCCAGUUAAAAAGAAAUACAAUAUUUUGGAAAAGGCCUUUACCAAGCAUAAUAGCUGUUAUGCUGCACAAUGACCUUCAGCUUGCACAAUAACCAUCUCAUUUUACAUUAGACCCAAUUAUCAUUCCUAUUCAACAGCACAGGGUUGGGUUUUUAUACCAACCACCAUGUAAUGGCAGAAGAGGUUACCAGGUAGAGCCAAACAUUCAACAUUUUAACCCUCAUCAUUUUUACUCUCUUUGUAGACUUUACACUAUUGGUUAGUGAGUACAUAUUAUGUGACAGGAAAGUAUAGAGACACAAGUGAUGAUUGAAUUAAAAUUCUGACAGCUUUUUAGUGCAUGAAGAUCAUUGCACAGACAUAUUUGCCUCAUGACAUCAUAUUGUGACGUCAUGCAUGAAACAAACUGAAUUUCUAUUUCAAUUUAGCAGUGGUUGUUUAAGCAAUAUUGGCAUUAAUGCCAUAUAAAUCAGGACAUAAAUAUUAUAUAUACAGUAUACAGUUGAAGUCGGAAGUUUACAUACACCUUAGCCAAAUACAUUUAAACUCAGUUUUUCACAAUUCCUGACAUUUAAUCCUAGUAACAAUUCCCUGUUUUAGGUCAGUUAACAUCACCACUUUAUUUUAAGAAUGUAAAAUGUCAGAAUAAUAGUAGAGAGAAUGAUUUAUUUCAGUUUUUAUUUCUUUCAUUAUAUUCCCAGUGGGUCAGAAGUUUACAUACACUCAAUUAGUAUUUGGUAGCAUUGCCUUUAAAUUGUUUAACUUGGGUCAAACGUUUCGCGUAGCCUUCCACAAGCUUCCCACAAUAAGUUGGGUGAAUUUUGGCCCAUUCCUCCUGACAAAGCUGGUGUAACUGAGUCAGGUUUGUAGGCCUCCUUGCUGGUACAUGCUUUUUCAGUUCUGCCCACAAAUGUUCUAUAGGAUUGAGGUCAGGGCUUUGUGAUGGCCACUCCAAUACCUUGACUUUGUUGUCCUUAAGCCAUUUUGUCACAACUUUGGAAGUAUGCUUGGGGUCAUUGUCCAUUUGGAAGACCCAUUUUCGACCAAGCUUUAACUUCCUGACUGAUGUCUUGAGAUGUUGCUUCAAUAUAUCCACAUCAUUUUCUUUCCUCAUGAUGCCAUCUAUUUUGUGAAGUGCACCAGUCCCUCCUGCUGCAAAGCACCCCCACAGCAUGAUGCUGCCACCCCCGUGCUUCACGGUUGGGAUGGUGUUCUUCGGCUUGCAAGCAUCCCCCUUUUUCCUCCAAACAUAACGAUGGUCAUUAUGGCCAAACAGUUCUAUUUUUGUUUCAUCAGACCAGAGGACAUUUCUCCAAAAAGUACGAUCUUUGUCCCCAUGUGCAGUUGCAAACCGUAGUCUGGCUUUUUUAUGGCGGUUUUGGAGCAGUGGCUUCUUCCUUGCUGAGCGGCCUUUCAGGUUAUGUCGAUAUAGGACUCGUUUUACUGUGGUAUAGAUACUUUUGUACCUGUUUCCUCCAGCAUCUUCACAAGGUCCUUUGCUGUUGUUCUGGGAUUGAUUUGCACUUUUCGCACCAAAGUACGUUCAUCUCUAGAAGACAGAAUGCGUCUCCUUCCUGAGCGGUAUGAUGGCUGCGUGGUCCCAUGGUGUUUAUACUUGCGUACUAUUGUUUGUACAGAUGAACGUGGUACCUUCAGGCGUUUGGAAAUUGCUUCCAAGGAUGAACCAGACUGGUGGAGGUCUCCAUUUUUUAUUCUGAGGUCUUGGCUGAUUUCUUUUGAUUUUCCCAUGAUGUCAAGCAAAGAGGCACUGAGUUUGAAGGUAGGCCUUGAAAUACAUCCACAGGUACACCUCCAAUUGACUCAAAUGAUGUCAAUUAGCCAAUCAGAACCUUUUAAAGCCAUGACAUCAUUUUCUGGAAUAUUCCAAGCUUUUUAAAGGCACAGUCAAUUUAGUGUAUGUAAACUUCUGACCAACUGGAAUUGUGAUACAGUGAAUUAUAAAUGAAAUAAUCUUGUGUCAUGCAGAAAGUAGAUGUCCUAACCGACUUGCCAAAACUAUAGUUUGUUAACAAGGAAGUGUUUUUUUAUUUUUUUAUUUUUUUUAUUUUUAUAUAUAUACUCCCCUUUAUUACUUUUCAACCCCACCAUCCUUUCCCUACUUGGAGUAAAUUAGUGAACAACAAUGCCCAGGCCUCUACUUCCGGUCUAUACUUACUAUCUACACCUUAUGGACAGAGUUAAUUUUACAAUAAUUCUAUUAUAUAUAUAUAUAUAUAUAUAUAUAUAUAUUAUUAAUUUUUUUGCUCCUGAACUUCUUCUACUCUCAACCUCUCCGAUCAUUUUCAUGAUGUCCAUCCGGUUUGCUUCUAUAUGCCAUAUCUUUCUAACUGUGCUCUUUCCCAAAAGCUCCCAACAUACAACCUAUAUACAGUGGGGAGAACAAGUACCCGACACACCGCCGACUCCGCAGGCCCCCCCACCCACAAAGCAUGCAUGCAUGUUAACAAGGAAUUUGUGGAGUGGUGGAAAAACGAGUUUUAAUGACUCCAACCUAAGUGUAUGUAAACUUCCGACUUCAACUGUAUAUAUCUAUAUACAGUAUACUGUAUCUAUAUAAGAGCAUGAUGACACUUGUAUUGAUGUGUAUACAAGGCUCAUCUGUAAAAGAGAGCUUGGUCUCAGCAUGACUCCCUGUCAAAAUAAAAUGAUUCAAUGGUUAUGUCGUCAUACAGUAGUUAAUCACACAUGUAUAGCUACAGUACUUCAUGUGAAUGGAAAUGUUCCACUAACAUUCACUCUGAAAAUGAACAAGUGACUCAUUGAACCCCCAUGGAUAUACUGUAUGUGAUAUUUCCCAUCAGACACUGCUGUAUACAGACAUAUGGUGACAUACAUCUGCUGAGUGAACCAACACUGAGCAAAAUAUAGAAAAAGUGAGAAUAGGAGUUAAUAGCUGGUGUGGCUUAGAUAUUGUGAGUGUGAGUGUGAGUGUGUGAGUGAGUGAGAGGGAUAGAUAGCGAGAGCUGAGAGAGAGAGAGAUGAGAGAGAGAGACUGAGAGAUAGAGAGAGAGAAGAGAGAGAGAGAGAGAGAGAGAGAGAGAUGAAACCCCGAGAGAGAAGCAUAGAGAGAGGAGAGCCUCUCUCUACUCUCUCGCUCUGCUCUCUCUCGCUCUCUCGCUCGCUCUCCUCUCCUCUUCGCUCUCUCUCUCGCUUCUCCUCUCUCUCUCGCUAGCGAGAGACAGAUUCACUCCCUCAGUCCCUCUUUACUCUGUUAUCUGGACUGUUAUCAAGUACACCACCCUCCCCUCCCCUUACACUUAACACUGCAUGUAUUGUUUGGGUUCCUUACACACACAUAAAGCACUUGAAGCAGAAGAGACGAUUGUAUUUAACUUUGGUUUUAAGUUUGUGAGAAGUAGAGCGUUAGAGGAGCCAGGCUUGUUUUAUGAGUCAUCAUUGGCUCUGUAUUUGAACAUUCUCCCAUGCUGAAUUAGUCAUCUUUAUUUGGUAGAUAGAUCUGUUGCAGUGGAGGCUGCUGAGGGGAGGACAGCCCAUAAUAAUGUCUGGAAUGGAGCAAAUGGAAUGGCAUCAAACACAUGGAACCCAUGUGUUUGCUGUAUUUGAUACCAUUCCACUAAUUCCGCUCCAGUCAUUACCACGAGUCUGUCCUCCCCAAUGAAGGUGCCACCAACCUCCUGUGAUCUGUACUAAUCUAUGACAACAUCAGCAGCCAGGGCUAGCUAGCCAGGGUAAAGUAAAUGCACCCAGAGCACAACAACACACAGUGGUACCAGACAUACAGACAGAACAAACUGUACCUCAAUGCUGAUUCAAAUAGCUGUAUGGAACAGGUAAAGCAUUGUCUUCAGUUAUUACAAAUAGAUAGAGGACAUGGUUCCUAAAGGAACACAAAACAGUAUAGAACACCUAUUAAAGAUAAUGCAAUCAGUCUUCUUAAAAUCUAUGGCCCACCUGUUUCUUAGAAAAAGAGGAAACAUGUUUCUUUAUGCUUAGUUCAUUCUUUUUUUUUUUUUUUUUUAAGCCAGCACAGAAAUAGGCCCACCUAUUUUCCCAUAUGGUGAGAUUGAUAUACAUUUUGUGCGCCAUACAGUAGGUCUUUGAAGGAUGCGGUAUGUUACGGCAUUUAUGGAUGCGUCCCCUUUUAGGUUAUGUACUGUACAUUUAGAUUUUGGCUGUUUUUUUGUUUACAUUUAACUGUAAGCAUAAUACAUACAUGCACACAUAUCCACACACACACACACACAAACCGUGAAUGUGACACGAGGGCUGCUCUUAAAAAAACUUAAGCACUGGAGAUCUUCAUCCUUCUCUCUCUGUUUUUCUUUUCUCUCUAUCCCUUCUCUCUCUCCUCCUCUAUUUUCUCAUGCUUCUCUCCCUCACUUUUUCUCCCCAUCUCUCCAUCGUUUCAUUUCCUUUUCUCCCCAUCUCUCCACUUUUUCUCCACAUAUCUUUUUCUCAUAUAAAGACACCCUUGAACAACAGAAAUUGAUAUGCUACUUUGUAUUUUAAUAGAAUGCAAAUUCGCCAAUGCAUGCCAUGUCUUCCGCCGCAAGGGAGAAAGAGGAUAGUUGGUUGGUAUAGUAAUGAAAAGAUACUGCCAUUCUAACAUUCAUAAAAUGUUAAACACUUGUUACUAAUUAAAAACAUAAGUCCUUGGUAAGCAGUAGACAUAAAAAUAAGUAUUUGGUAAGCUUCCUAGAAGCGUCUAUGAAGGGUUCUACCUAGAACCCUUUUAUCUUUGGAGGGUUAUUCCUAGAAACCUCUAUAAACGGUUCCACCGGCCAUAUUAGCCUUUAAAAUAGUAUUGUUUAUGACAAUACAUUACUUAUAUCAGAAGUCCUUUCUUUGAGGGCCUAGUUAUACCCUAACACAGAGGUGUUAGGGAUCUCCUGGUUUUGUGACGAGUACUGAGGAUACGAAGAGGCAGGACGCAGACGCAGGAAUCAACAAUGUAAAGGUUUACUUAACAAUGAGCAAGAGAACAACAAAGAGCGAGUACACGACAAGACACACUAACAAGCACACACAACACUGAACAGUCCAGGGCUAUAUAGGGGUGGUGAUGAGAUGAUGAGGUGCAGGUGCGCUGGAGGUGAUUAGGGUGCGUUUGGUUUCCAUUCUGGUGUUGCCGAGGUGGUGCGCUCAGACCGGUGGCUCAGUAGACCGGCGAAUCAGAGCGCCAGAGGGGAGCAACGGGAGGAGACGUGACAGGUUUACAUGCCACAUCAGACCUGCAAGUCACAUUAUGGUGGCUUGCAAAGUGAUGUGUAAUUCCUAUUUACAUUUACAUUUACAUUUUAGUCAUUUAGCAGACGCUCUUAUCCAGAGCGACUUACAGUUAGCGAAUAGAUCUUUUUUUUUUAUUUUUUAUACUGGCCCCCCGUGGGAAUCAAACCCACAACCCUGGCGUUGCAAACGCCAUGCUCUAUCAACUGAGCUACAUCCCUGCCGGCCAUUCCCUCCCCUACCCUGGACGACGCUGGGCCAAUUGUGGAAUCCAGCCAGAGUUAGGAUAUCCAACAAGUGGAAUUGUUAAUCACCCGCAACCUGCAUUCAGAAUGACUGCCAGGGUAUGGAAGAUUGAAUAUUGAGACUACCUCAAUCAUCUAAACUGGAACAACCAUCUCAGUAACAGGUGCAAUAAAUCCAACAGAUUGGAUUCAUUAAGAAAACUGUAUGUUAUUUAUGUUUGUGUAGCAUCAAAUGUAUUAACCAAUCAAUGUACAUGCAAAAACACAUAUAUUACAGUAAAACAUACAAUUCUGAAAAUCUCCUUGCAAUAGAGCAUACUGGGAAAUAAUAUAUAUGGUUCUAUGUAGAACUCUUCUUGCCUUCCAAAGAAUCAUCAAAGAACCCUUUCUUCUUAAAAUGGUUCUUAGGAUGUUACAGGUUUUAGGUAGAACCCUUUGGCUUACAAAGAACCCUUGUCUUCCAAAAAGGGUUCUUCUGAUCAAAACGGUUCUUUUUUCUGAGUGUAUUCUCCUGAGCAUGCAUAGUUAAUGCUACAAGCUAACGCUACCUACUAAGGCUAAGCGUACUCAAUGAAUUACAGACCAGAGCUGUGUAUCUGUGUGUGUGUGUGUGUGUGUGUUUGUGCGUGUGUCUUUUUUUGUGUGUGAACAUCCAUGUGCAUGCUUCUGUGUUUGCGUGCAUUCCUGCAUGUGUGUGUCCAUCUUGUGUUGACAUGUGGCGGAUGAUUAGUAUCACUGGCAACUUCAGUGCCUAUUGAUGAAACACUGGGUUCACGCAAUCUUGAUAAGAGCCGUGCAAGAGGGAAUCGAUAGGAGAGCAGCAGCAGCAGGACACACACACACACACACACACACACACACACACACACACACACACACACACACACACACACACACACACACACACACACACACACAAACACACACACACACACAAACACACACACACAAACACACACACACACAAACACACACAAACACAAACACAAACACACACACACACACAAACAAACACACACACAAACACACACACAAUAUUGGUAGGGGUCUUGGAACAAACGCUGAUGAAAAUUGAGUUUUUUUCCCCAAUCCAUCAGGACCUUUAACCAAUCCAAGGGUUCUCCGAUGAAUGAUACAGCUGGAAGGAACAUUAAAGGAGCAGGACUUAAUUGGUGAAAGGGAAAUAAAUAUACAGUACCAGUCAAAAGUUUGGACACACCUACUCAUUCCAAACCUUUUCUUUAUUUUUACUAUUUUCUACAUUGUAGAAUAAUAGUGAAGACAUCAAAACUAUGAAAUAACACAUAUGGAAUCAUGUAGUAACCAAAAAAGUGUUAAACAAAUCAAAAUAUAUUUUAUAUUUGAGAUUCUUCAAAGUAGCCACCCUUUGCCUUGAUGACAGCUUUGCACACUUUUGGCCUUCUCUCAACCAGUUUCAUGAGGUAUUCACCUGGAAUUCAUGUCAAUUAACAGGUGUGCCUUGUUAAAAGUUAAUUUGUGGAAUUUCUUACCUUCUUAAUGCAUUUGAACCAAUCAGUUGGGUUGUGACAAGGAGGGGUGGUAUAAAGAAGAUAGCCCUAUUUGGUAAAAGACCAAAUCGAUAUUAUGGCAAGAACAGCUCAAAUAAGCAAAGAGAAACAACAGUCCAUCAUUACUUUAAGACAUGAAUGUCAGUCAAUCAGGAAAAUGUCAAGAACUUUGAAAGGUUCUUCAAGUGCAGUCCCAAAAACCAUCAAGCGCUAUGAUGAAACUGUCUCUCAUGAGGACCGCCACAGGAAAGGAAGACCCAGAGUUACCUCUGCUGCAGAGGAUAAGUUCAUUAGAGUUACCAGCCUCAGAAAUUGCAGCCCAAAUAAAUGCUUCACAGAGUUCAAGUAACAGACACAUCUCAACAUCAACUGUUCAGAGGAGACUGCGUGAAUCAGGCCUUCAUGGUUGAAUUGCUGCAAAGAAACCACUACUAAAGGACACCAAUAAGAAGAAGAGACUUGCUUGGGCCAAUAAACAUGAGCAUUAGACAUUAGUCCAGUGGAAAUCUGUCCUUUAGUCUGAUGAGUCCAAAUGUGAGUUUUUUGGUUCCAUCCGCCAUGUUUUUGUGAGACGCAGAGUAGGUGAACGGAUGAUCUCCGCAUGUGUGUUUCCGACCAUGAAGCAUGGAGGAGGAGGUGUGAUGGAGUGGGGGUGCUUUGCUGAUGAGACUGUCAGUGAUUUAUUUAGAAUUCAAGGCACACUUAACCAGCAUUGCUACCACAGCAUUCUGCAGCGAUACUCCAUCCCAUCUGGUUUGCGCUUAGUGGGACUAUCAUUUGUUUUACAACAGGACAAUGACUCAACACACCUCCAGGCUGUGUAAGGGCUAUUUGACCAAGAAGGAGAGUGAUGGAGUGCUGCAUCUGAUGACCUGGCCUCCACAAUCCCCCGACCUCAACCCAAUUGAGAUGGUUUGGGAUGAGUUGGACUGCAGAGUGAAGGAAAAGCAGCCAACAAGUGCUGAGCAUAUGCGGGAACUCCUUCAAGACUGUUGGAAAAGCAUUCCAGGUGAAGCUGGUUGAGAGAAUGCCUAGAGUGUGCAAAGCUGUCAUCAAGGCAAAGGGUGGCUACUUUGAAGAAUCUAAUAUAUAAAAUAUUUGUGGAUUUGAUUAACACUUUUUUGGUUACUACAUGAUUCCAUAUGUGUUAUUUCAUAGUUGUGAUGUCUUCACUAUUAUUCUACAAUGUAGAAAAUAGUACAAAUAAAGAAAAAUCUUUGAAUGAGCAGGUGUGUCCAAACCUUUGACUGGUACUGUAUGUUUUGUGCUUUGUGGGCAUAAUUGAAUUGUAUUGUAUUUAUCUACGUGUUGUAGUUCUGCCUGGGUUUGGUUGCUGUAAUGGUCUGGUGUUAUGCUGCGUUCGAUCUUUGUCUGUCACUAUUGUCAAACAGCACACUCACGCACGCACACACAUGCAAGCAAACACACACACACUGUUUCUGAUUGAAAAACAACAAGGUGUGGAUGGAUGAAUGGAUGGAUGGAUCCCACUACCUCAGCGUUUACACAUUGUAAUAUCCUUAUGUGAAAUAUCCCCUCAGGUAGAAAGUAGUCAUUUGCAAAACCCAAUAUUUGCAAAACCUCCUUCAAAUAUUUACUUUAAUAUUCAUACCCCAGGAGUAGACAAUCUUUGUAGAAAAAGCACUAAAACAAUACUGAACCAAAUACAGUUGAAACAGUGAAUAUAUAUUGUGACAAGGGUUGAAUAUUCUCUGGCCAACAUUCUGGAGUGUCAGGGGAGCUAUUAUGACCAUAUGGUUAUGGUUAUGUACGUGUAUGUGCGCUUGUGUGUGUGUGUGUGUGUGUGUGUGUGUGUGUGCAGAGGUGGGGAGAGUCAGAGGGAACUAAGAUGGUCAUUUUCUGAGCAACAACAACAACAACAGGUGAACAUCUGACGGCUGUAUUGAUUUUGGCAAAACUUAACACAAUUACCCUCUUGAAGACUCCUCAAAAUUAUUUUUUAUUUUUCGUUGCUCCCUUCACUCCCUGUGGAGUCAUUUGGGCUCCCCACUCCCCACCUAAUCCUAAUCCAAUAGAAGUAAUCUGAGAUUAUGUUUAUAUUCUCUCCCUCUCCUCCUCCAAUCAGCCAGAAGGGUUGCUGUAUUGCCUGACCAACAGGCAGCACACACUAGAGCUGGGACCAUAAACCGAAAAUGAUCGACACCGACCAUACCAAUCACUUAUUACAGGCAUUUUACUGAUAUCAUUCAUUACGAUCAGUAGCCUAUACUAGAGAAAUGCUAAAUUUGAAAUGAAAUAAAUUUGCUAAUAUGGUUGACUGUUAACGGUACAAUUGAUGGCUACAACCAUCAAACUAGUAUUAGUUGUUUAAAGAAUAAUAAUUGUAAAAAACUGUGGUGUAGAUUAAUGUUCAUAUUAUCGCUCUAUCUAUCAAUUCAGGUAAUUUAUCAUGUUAUGGAUGUUUGUCUGUAUUUGUAUUUAUUAUGGAUCCCCAUUAGUUCCUGCCAAGGUAGCAGCUACUCUUCCUGGGGUCCAGCAAAAUUAAGGCAGUUCAUACCAUUUUAAAAACAUUACAAUACAUUGACAGAUUUCACAGCACACUGUGUGCCCUCAGGUCCCCUACUCCACAGCUACCACAUAUCUACAGUACAAAAUCCAUGUGUACGUGUGUGUAUAGUGCGUAUGUUAUCGUGUGUGUGUAUGCAUGUGUCUGCACCUAUGUUUCUGUUAUAUUACAGUCCCCGCUGUUCCAUAAGGUGUUUUUUUUAUCUGUUUGUUAAAUCUAAUUUUACUACUUGCAUCAGCUACUUGAUGUGGAAUAGAGUGCCAUGUAGUCAUGGCUCUAUGUAGUACUGUGUGCCUCCCAUAGUCUGUUCUGGAUUUGGGGACUGUGAAGAGACCUCUGGUGGCAUGUCUUGUGGGGUAUCGCCCAGCACACACACACACACACGCGCACACACACACACAAAUACACACACACACAUAUAGUUAAACACGUCCACACACACACACACACACGUAUAGUUAAACACGUCCACACACACACACACAAACACACACACACACACGUAUAGUUCAACACAAACACACACACACACACACAAACACACACACGUAUAGUUAAACAGGUCCACGCAAACACACACACACACACACUCAUGCAAAUACACACACAGUCUCAGCUCACUCGUAUGAGUCUCUGGAGCAUUCUGUCAGCUUUUACACUCUCUCUCCUCCCUACGUGUAAGGCCUGGCAUCGACAAACAGCAUCCCAGACCCUACUACUGGACACUAUACCAGACCCUACUACUACUAUACACUACACCAGACCCUACUACUGUACACUACACCAGAACCUACUACUACUGUAAACUACACCAGACCCUAUUACUACUAUACACUACACCAGACCCUACUACUGUAAACUACACCAGACCUCACUAAUGUAUGCUACACCAUACCCUACUACUGUAAACUACACCAGACCCUACUACUGUACGCUACACCAGACCCUACUACUGUAAACUACACCAGACCCUACUACUGUAUGCUACACCAGACCCUACUACUGUAAACUACACCAGACCCUACUACUGAACACUAUACCAGACCCUACUACUACUGUAAACUACACCAGACCCUACUACUGUAAACUACACCAGACCCUACUACUGUAAACUACACCAGACCCUACUACUACUGUAAACUACACCAGACCCUACUACUGUAAACUACACCAGACCAUACUACUACUGUACACUACACCAGACCCUACUACUACUGUAAACUACACCAAACCCUACUACUGUAAACUACAUCAGACCCUACUACUGUACACUACACCAGACCCUACUACUGUACACUACACCAGACCCUACUACUGUACACUAUACCAGACCCUACUACUACUGUAAACUCCAUCAAACCCUACUACUGUACGCUACACCAGACCCUACUACUGUAAACUACACCAGACCCUACUACUAUACACUACACCAGACCCUACUACUACUGUAAACUACACCAGACCUCACUACUGUACACUAUACCAGACCCUACUGCUACUGUACACUAUACCAGACCCUACUGCUACUGUACACUACACCAGACCCUACUACUGUAAACUACACCAGACCUCACUACUGUACACUACACCAGACCCUACUACUACUGUAAACUACACCAAACCCUACUACUGUAAACUACAUCAGACCCUACUACUGUACACUACACCAGACCCUACUACUGUACACUACACCAGACCCUACUACUGUACACUAUACCAGACCCUACUACUACUGUAAACUACAUCAAACCCUACUACUGUACGCUACACCAGACCCUACUACUGUAAACUACACCAGACCCUACUACUAUACACUACACCAGACCCUACUACUACUGUAAACUACACCAGACCUCACUACUGUACACUAUACCAGACCCUACUGCUACUGUACACUAUACCAGACCCUACUGCUACUGUACACUACACCAGACCCUACUACUGUAAACUACACCAGACCUCACUACUGUACACUACACCAGACCCUACUACUACUGUAAACUACACCAGACCCUACUACUACUGUAAACUACACCAGACCCUACUACUGUACACUACACCAGACCCUACUACUGUACACUAUACCAGACCCUACUACUACUGUACACUACACCAGACCCUACUACUAUACACUACACCAGACCCUACUACUACUGUAAACUACACCAGACCUCACUACUGUACACUACACCAUACCUUACUACUGUACACUAUACCAGACCCUACUGCUACUGUACACUACACCAGACCCUACUACUGUACACUACACCAGACCCUACUACUACUGUAAACUACACCAGACCCUACUACUGUACACUACACCAGACCCUACUACUACUGUAAACUACACCAGACCCUACUACUACUGUAAACUACACCAGACCCUACUACUGUACACUACACCAGACCCUACUACUGUACACUACACCAGACCCUACUUCUACUGUAAACUACACCAGACCCUACUACUGAACACUAUACCAGACCCUACUACUACUGUAAACUACACCAGACCCUACUACUAUAAACUACACCAGACCCUACUGCUACUGUACACUACACCAGACCCUACUACUGUAAACUACACCAGACCUCAACUACUGUACACUACACCAGACCCUACUACUACUGUAAACUACACCAGACCCUACUACUACUGAUAAACUACACCAGACCCUACUACUGUACCUCACCAGACCCUACUAUGUACACUUACCAGACCUACUAUACUGUACACAAUACACCAGAACCCUACUACUAUGUAAACUACACCAGACCUACUACACUGGUAACACACCAGACACACACUGAACCUCACUACCUUACUGUACACUAUACCAGACCUACUAUGACUGUACACUACACCAGACCCUACUACUGUACACUACCCAGACCCUACUACUCUGUAACUACACCAGACCCACUACGUAAACUACACAGACCUACUACUGUACACUACACCAGACCCUACUAACUGUACACUCACCAGACCCUACUACUGUUACACUACACCAGACCCUACUACUGUACACAACCAGACCCUACUACUACUGUAAACUACACCAGACCCUACUACUUAACUUACACCAGACCCUACUACUGUACACUACACCAGACCCUACUACUGUAAACUACACCAGACCCUACUCUACUGUAACUACACAGACCCUACUACGGUAAACUAACCAGACCUACUACAGUAACUACACCCAGACCCUACUACUAUACACUACACCAGACCCUACUACUGUAACUACACCAGACCCUACUACUGUAAACUACAACCAGACCUACUACUGUAACUACACCAGACCCUACACUACUACACCUACCCAUACCUACUACUACUGUACACUACACCAGACCCUCUACUACUGUACACUACACCAACCCUACUACUGUACACUACACCAGACCCUACUACUGUACACUACACCAGACCCUAUACACUGUAACUACACCAGACCCUACUACUGUAACGCACACACAGACCCUACUACUGUACACUACACCAGACCCUACUACUGUACACUACCCAGACCCUACUACUGUACACUACACCAGACCCUACUACUGUACACUACACCAGACCCUACUGACUGUACACUACACCAGACCCUACUACUGUACACUACACCAGACCUACUACUAUGUAAACUACACCAACCUACUACUGUACACUACACCAGACCCUACUACUGUACACUAUACCAGACCCUACUACUACUGUACACUACACCAGACCCUACUACUGUACACUAACCAGACCCUACUACUACUGUAAACUACACCAGACCAUAUUACUAGUACACUACACCAGACCCUACUACUGUACACACUAUAAACCAGACCCUACCCACUACUGAACACUCACAGACCCUACUACUGUACGCUACACCGAACCUACUAUACUGUAAACUACACCAGACCCAUAUUACACUAUAAACUACACCAGACCCUACUACUGUAAACUACACCAGACCACAUAAUGUACAACUACACCAACCCUACUACUGUAAACUCACCAGACCCUACUACUGUACGUACAACCAGACCCUACUAUCUGUAAACUACACCAGACCCUACUACUGUACUGACUACACCAGACCCUACUACUGUAAACUACACCAGACCCUACUACUGUAACUACACCAUACCCUACACUGUAAACUACACCAGACCUACUACUGUAACUACACCAGACCUACUACUGUACAACUACACAGACCCUACUACUAUGUAAACUACACCAGACCCUACUACUGUAAACUACACCCGACCCUAACUACUAUGACACUACACCAGACCCUCACUACUGUAAACUACACCAGACCCUAACUUGAACUACACAGACCCUACUACUGUACCUACACCAGCUACUACUGUACACUACACCAGACCUACUACUGUACACUAUACCAGACCCUACUACUACUGUAACUACACAGACCCUACUACUGUACCUACACCAGACCUACUAUGUAACUACCACCAGACCUCUACUGCUAACACUACACCAGACCCUACUACUACUGUAAACACCAGACCCACUAACUUACACACGACCUACAUACUACUGUAAACUACACCAGACCCUACUACUGUACACUACUACCAGACCCUACUCUACUGUAACUACACCAGACCUACUACUGUAACACUACACCAGACCCUACUACUACUGUACACUACACCAACCUACUACUGUACACUACCCAGACCCUACUAACUGUAAACUACACCAGACCACUACUACUGUAAACUACACCAGACCCUACUACUGUACACUACACCAGACCCUACUACUACUGUAAACUACACCAGACCUACUACUCGUAACUACACAGACCCUACUCUACUGACACUAACCAGACCCUACUCUACUUGUAAACUACACCAGACCCUACAUACUGUAACUACACCAGACCCUACUACUUGUAAACUACACCAGACCUACUACUACUGUAAACUACACCAGACCCUACUACUACGUAAACUACACCAGACCCUACUACUGUAAACUACACCAGACCCUACUACUGUACAACUACACCAGACCCUACUACUGUAACACUACACCAGACCACUACUACUGUAAACAACCAGACCUACUACUGACACUACCAGACCCUACUACUACUGUACAACUACACCAGACCCUACUACUGUAACUACACCAGACCCUACUACUGUAAACUACACCAGACCCUACUACUGUACACUACACCAGACCCUACUACUACUGUAAACUACACCAGACCCUACUACUCGUACACUACACCAGACCUACUACCUGUACAACUACACCAGAACCUAUACUAUGUACACUACACAGACCCUACUACUGUAAACUACACCAGAACCCCUACUACUGUAAACUACACCAGACCCUACUACUGUACACUACACCAGACCCCUACUACUGUAAACUACACCAGACCCUAUACUACUGUACCUACACCAGACCCUACUACUGUACACUACACCAGACCCAUACGUCACUGUACACUAAACCAGACCACUACUACUGUACACUACACCAGACCCUACUACUGUACACUACACCAGACCCUACUACUGUAAACUACACCAGACCCUACUACUGUACACUAUACCAGACCCUACUUACUGUAACUACACCAGACCCUACUACUGUAACUAACCAGACCCUACUACUGUAAACUCACCACCUACUACUGACUACGACCCUACUACUACUGUAAACUACACCAGACCCUACUACUGUAACAUACCAGACCUAUACUGACGACACACAGACCCUACUACUACUGUAAACUACACCAGACCCUACUACUGUAAACUAACAACAGACCCUACUACUGUAAACUACACCAGACCCUACUACUGUACACUACACCAGACCCUACUACUACUGUAAACUACACCAGACCCUCUACUACUGUACACUACACCAUACCUACUACUGUACACUACACCAGACCCUACUACGUAAUACACAGCCCACUACGUCACUACACCAGACCCUACUACUACUGUAAACUACACAACCCUACUACUGUACGCUACCAGACCCUACUACUGUAAACUACACCAGACCCUACUACAUACGUACACUACACCAGACCCUACUACUUGACACUACACCAGACCUCUACUACUGUACACUACAACCAGACCCUAUACUACUGUACCCCUGCUCUGUCCACUACACCAGACCUACUACUGUAAAACUACACCAGACCUCACUACUGUACACUACACCAGACCCUACUACUACUGUAAACUACACCAGACCCUACUACUACUGUAAACUACACCAGACCCUACUACUGUACACUACACCAGACCCUACUACUGUACACUAUACCAGACCCUACUACUACUGUAAACUACACCAGACCCUACUACUACUGUAAACUACACCAGACCUCACUACUGUACACUACACCAUACCUUACUACUGUACACUACACCAGACCCUACUGCUACUGUACACUAUACCAGACCCUACUGCUACUGUACACUACACCAGACCCUACUUACUGUACACUACACCAGACCCUACUACUACUGUAAACUACACCAGACCCUACUACUACUACUGUAAACUACACCAGACCCUACUACUGUACACUACACAAGACCUUCAUGAGACUUGUGACCUCUGUGUUGAAUUUAGGUUUGCAUUCACCCAAAAAAUACGAAUGCUGAAUUGUAAGUUUGCACGACAUGGUAUCAGGCUGCCUGCCUAUUAAAGUAAGCUUGCCACAGGAAUAGCCUAGCCAUAGACACUCUAAUUAGUAUUUGUUGGUACACUGAACACAUUACGUAACCAUUGGACAAUAAAAUUCAUCAUGUACGAGCCAAUGAAAACAGAGAGCCGAGCCCAGCUGUCAAUAAGGGGUGUGUCCUGUGUUCCCUGUCUCCUCUCUGUCUGUGACGAUUGAAGACACAUGCCCUCUUCCCAGAGAGGACAGCCAAGGACGAGUGUGUGUGUGUGUGUGUCGGGCCAGCUACCGUCUCAUAACGAACAGCCCUGAUUUGCAUACGGGUGAAUAUUAACAUCUCUGCGACUCCGGAUGGUCCUUGAACACUGCAGUCUAUUAGGACAGAGCAGGGACAAGUAGGACAAGUGUGUGUGUGUGUGGGUGUGUGUGUGUGUGUGUGUGUGUUUCUGUAUUAGGACACAGCAGGGACGAGUCAGAGCUUCUCCACUCUAUUCUGCUCUAGCAGCUGUUGGGGUAGAGAGACAAAACCACAGAUGCCGAAUCUAAAGUAUUGAUCUCACGCCCAUGUUUUUCUUCCUCUGGUGCUUCUAUCUAUCUAUCUAACUAUCUAUCUAUCUAUCUAUCUAUCUAUCUAUCUAUCUAUCUAUCUAUCUAUCUAUCUAUCUAUCUAUCUAUCUAUCUAUCUAUCUAUCUAUCUAUCUAUCUAUCUAUCUAUCUAUCUAUCUAUCUAUCUAUCUAUCUAUCUAUCUAUCUAUCUAUCUAUCUAUCUAUCUAUCUAUCUAUCUAUCUAUCUAUAUGCCUGUCUGUCUAUCUGUCUGUCUGUCUGUCUGUCUGUCUGUCUGUCUGUCUGUCUGUCUGUCUGUCUGUCUGUCUGUCUGUCUGUCUGUCUGUCUGUCUGUCUGUCUGUCUGUCUGUCUGUCUGUCUGUCUGUCUGUCUGUCUGUCUGUCUGUCUGUCUGUCUGUCUGUCUCUGUCUGUCUGUCUGUCUGUCUGUCUGUCUGUCUGUAUGUCCCUCCCUCCCUCCCUCCCUCUAUUCCCUCUCUUUUCUCUCAGAAAAUGUUGUCUUGUCAGAGGAGAGUUUCUUUGGUUUGAACGUUAAACAGAUAGACUCCAUGAUAGAUAGACUCUAUGUCUGAAUUCUGUCUUCCCUACUACUUACUAAAACUGCAUACUGUGUAUCAUACUACAUGCUAUUUAGUAAAAAUGUAUGCACUACACAACACAUAUCAACAUACUAUACACAUGGUGUGUUCAAGACAACUGGGAACUCUGAAGAAAACGAGCUCAGAAUGGGAAAAAUCGUGAAGUCAGUGAUCUUUCAGGUUGGAGAAGUCAGAGCUCUAGGAUGAUGCCCGAGUUUUCGACUUGUAAUUUCGAGUUGGAAGACUGUUCAAAGCGAUUUUUCCAGUCCUGGGGGGAUGAUACCACAAUUUUAGCUUGUGAGUGUAGGUGUUUGUGUGUGUGUGUAUGGAUGUGUGUUUGUACUUUACUAUUUAUAUUUUUGACUUUUACUUCACUACAUUCCUAAAGAAAAUAAUGUACUUUCUACUCCAUACAUGUUCCCUGACACAAAAGUGCUCGUUACAUUUUGAAUGCUUAGCGGGACAGGAAAAUGGUCCAAUUCACGCACUUAUCAACAGAACAUCCCUACUGCCUCUGAUCUGGCGGACUCACUAAACACACAUGCUUCGUUUGUAAAUUCUGUCUGAGUGUUGGAGUGUGCCUCUGGCUAUAUGUAAAUACAAUAAAAACAACAAAAUGGUGCAGUCUGGUUUGCUUUAUAUAAGGAAUUUCAAAUGAUUUAUACUUUUACUUUUGAUACUUAAGUAUAUUUGAGCAAUUCAAUUUACUUUCAAUACUUCAGUAUAUUUAAAACCAAAUACUUUUAGACUUUUACUCAAGUAGUAUUUUACUGGGUGACAUUCACUUUUACUUGAGUAUGAAAAUUGGGUACUCUUUUCCACCACUGGAAAUACCAUUACACAUAGUGAUGCUGAGGUGGCUGCUGAAUUAAAUUGUUAAAGUGUAGUCCAAAGUAAUGCCUGCAGAGCACACAUUACAAAUUUAGAGCACCCCGACUUUGAUUUAAUGUUUUAAUCAAAUAUAGCUACGUGGUUUGAGGGGCUCAUAAAGUAUUGAGAGAAAAUACAUAUUCAAAUACCUUCUUGUCAUCGACAGGAAAUGAAAAAGGAAAAAGAAAAAAGAAAGAUGUUGUAAUUUUAUUACAGUGUGGACCAGUCAGUCUAUGUAUGAACUAGGACUAACAGAACAUGACAGGGUUGUCUAAUAUAGUUAUAUUGUAAAGGAGCUCCUGAUCCUGCCUGUCUCUCUGGCCUGUGGUCUUUACUACAGAUGACUGGUGUCUUUUGCCUGAUCAUCUUGCUUCUGUUAUCAGUCAUAAUUGGUCAAGAUUAGUUUUGCCUCCUUAAAUACCCAGGAUUCCUCUGUGAACUAUUGAUGAAGAUAAUUCAGUUGUACUUCAGUGACAUAUGACAUUAUUACACAAAUCCUAGAAAAGAGAGAAGGUGCAAUGUUACAUAUUUCAGAUAUAUUUCAGAUAUAGUUUUCAGAUAAGCUAAGAUUAUCAUUAGAAAUGUACAGUUUAUAUGCAUAUUGUUUCCUCAUGAUAAGCACUACAAGCACUCCUACCUUAUCAGAAGCAAUCAAAUCAAGAGCUAUCAAACACCCCGAACAUUUGGCACAUCUAGCCACUGGGAUUUUUGCCCAUUCUUCAAGGCAAAACUGCUCCAGCUCCUUCAAGUUAGAUGGGUUCCACUGGUGUACAGCAAUCUUUAAGUCAUACCACAGAUUCUCAAUUGGAUUGAGGUCUGGGCUUUGACUAGGCCAUUCCAAUACAUUUAAAUGUUUCCCCUUAAACCACUUGAGUGUUGCUUUAGCAGUAUGCUGAGGGUCAUUGUCCUGCUGGAAGGUGAACCUCCAUCCCAGUCUCAAAUCUCUGGAAGACUGAAACAGGUUUCCCUCAAGAAUGUCCCUGUAUUUAGCGCCAUCCAUCAUUUCUUCAAUUCUGACCAGUUUCCCAGUCCCUGCCGAUGAAAAACAUCCCCACAGCAUGAUGCUGCCACCACCAUGCUUCAUUGUGGGGAUGGUGUUCUCGGGGUAAUGAGAGGUGUUGGGUUUGCGCCAGACAUAGUGUUUUCCUUGAUGGCCAAAAAGCUCAAUUUUAGUCUCAUCUGACCAGAGUACCUUCUUCCAUAUGUUUGGGAAGUCUCCCACAUGGCUUUUGGCGAACACCAAAUGUCUUUGCUUAUUUUUUUCUUUAAGCAAUGGCUUUUGUCUGGCCACUCUUCCGUAAAGCCCAGCUCUGUGGAGUGUACAGCUUAAAGUGGUUCUAUGGACAGAUACUCCAAUCUCCGCUGUGGAGCUUUGCAGCUCCUUCAGGGUUAUCUUUGGUCUCAUUGUUGCCUCUCUGAUUAAUGCCCUCCUUGCCUGGUCCGUGAGUUUUGGUGGGCGGCCCUCUCUGUUGCAGGUUUGUUGUGGUGCCAUAUUAUUUAAAUUUUUUAAUAAUGGAUUUAAUGGUGCUCCGUGGGAUGUUCAAAGUUUCUGAUAUUUUUUUAUAACCCAACCCUGAUAUGUACUUCUCCACAACUUUGUCCCUGACCUGUUUGGUCUUCAUGGUGCCGCUUGCUUGGUGGUGCCCCUUGCUUAGUGGUGUUGCAGACUCUGGGGCCUUUCAGAACAGGUGUAUAUAUACUGAGAUCAUGUGACAGAUCAUGUGACACUUAGAUUGCACACAGGUGGACUUUAUUUAACUAAUUAUGUGACUUCUGAAGGUAAUUGGUUGCACCAGAUCUUAUUUAGGGGCUUCAUAGCAAAGGGGGUGAAUACAUAUGCACGCACCACUUUUCCAUUAUUUAUUUUUUUCAUUUCACUUCACCAAUUUGGACUAUUUUGUGUAUGUCCAUUACAUGAAAUACAAAUAAAAAUUUAAAUUACAGGUUGUAAUGCAACAAAAUAGGAAAAAUGCCAAGGGGGAUGAAUACUUUUGCAAGGCACUGUAUUUGGACAGUGAAGCAACAAUUAGUAAAUUUGACUCAAUACUCCAGCAUUUUGGAUUUGAGAUCAAAUGUUUCAUAUGUGGCGACUAUAUAGAAUGUCACCUUUUAUUUGAGGGUAUUUUUUAGACAUUUCUGUUUUACCGUUUAGAAAUGAAAGCACUUUAUGUACAGUAUCUAGUCCCCCUAUUUGAAUACAUUACAAAAAAUAUAUACACUACCAGUCAAAAGUUUGGACACACCUACAUAUUCAAGGGUUUUUCUUUAUUUUUCAUAUAUUUUUUAAAAAUAAUAGUGAAGACAUCAAAACUAUGAAAUAACACAUAUGGAAUCAUGUAGUAACUAAAAAAGUGUUAAACAAAUCAAAAUAUAUUUUAUAUUUGAGAUUCUUCAAAUAGCCACUCUUUGCCUUGAUGACAGCUUUGUACACUCUUGGCAUUCUCUCAACCAGCUUCAUGAGGUAGUCACCUGGAAUGCAUUUCAAUUAAUAGGUGUGCCUCGUUAAAAGUUAAUUUGUGGAAUUUCUUUCCUUCUUAAUGUGUUUGAGCCAAUCAGUUGUGUUGUAACAAGGUAGGGGGGUAUACAGUCCAUAUUAUGGCAAGAACAGCUCAAAUAAGCAAAGAGAAAUUACAGUCCAUCAUUACUUUAAGACAUGAAAGUAAGUCAAUACGGAAAAUUACAAGAACUUUGAAAGUUUCUUCAAGUGCAGUCGCAAAAACCAUCAAGUGCUAUGGUGAAACUGGCUCUCAUGAGGACCGCCACAGGAAUAGAAGACCCAGAGUUACCUGCAUCAAAACUAUGAAAUAACACAUAUGGAAAUAUGUAGUAACCAAAAAAGUGUUAAACAAAUCCAAUUAUAUUUUAUAUUUGAGAUUCUUCAAAUAGCCACCCUUUGCUUUGAUGACAGCUUUGCACACUCUUGGCAUUCUCUCAACCAGCUUCACUUGGAAUGCUUUUCCAACAGUAUUGAAGGAGUUCCCACAUAUGCUGAUCACUUGUUGGCUGCUUUUCCUUCACUCUGCCGUCCGACUCAUCCCAAACCAUCUCAAUUGGGUUGAGGUCGGGGGAUUGUGGAGGCCAGGUCAUCAGAUGCUGCACUCCAUCACACUCCUUCUUGGUUAAAUAGCCCUUAUCAAAUCAAAUCAAAUCAAAUUGUAUUGGUCACAUGCGCCGAAUACAACAGGUGCAGACAUUACAGUGAAAUGCUUACUUACAGCCCUUAACCAACAGUGCAUUUAUUUUAAACAAAAAAAGUAAGAAUAAAACAACAACAAAAAAAGUGUUGAGAAAAAAAGAGCAGAAGUAAAAUAAAGUGACAGUAGGGAGGCUAUAUAUACAGGGGGGUACCGUUGCAGAGUCAAUGUGCGGGGGCACCGGCUAGUUGAGGUAGUUGAGGUAAUAUGUACAUGUGGGUAGAGUUAAAGUGACUAUGCAUAAAUACUUUUAAAAAAAACCUUAGACAGCCUGGAGGUGUGAAAGGGCUGUCAAAUCAGUCAUUGAGAUGUCCUCUGUGUUAUAUGGCUGUCAUUGAGAUGUCCUAUGUCUUAUAUCACUGUCAAUAUAGAUGUAAUCUGUGUUAUAUGGCUGUCAUUGAGAUGUCCUAUGUCUUAUAUCACUGUCAUUGAGAUGUCCUCUGUGUUAUAUGGCUGUGUUAUUGAAGUGUCCUCAUUGUGUUCUCUGCCUCCCCAGAUCACAGAGCAGCAGCUCCGGCAGACCAACGACCGCUUCAAGGCCUUCCUCAAUGGAGACACCCAGAUAGUGGCUGACGAAGCUUUCAUCAACGCAGUCCAGAGUUACUAUGAGGUACAGUAACAUAGCCUCUCUACUGCCACAGACCCAUAACCUCUCUCACGCUCACUCUCACUCUUCACCCCCUUGGCCCAUUUUUUCAGAAGUUAUCUGAUCGGAUUUCAGCAAUCGGAUAGGAUUAAAUGCAUAGAAAUAUAAUGAAUAGAACAUGCUUCCCCCCAUUCAAGUCAAUGAUACACCCGUUCUAUUAUUUAUAUUUCUAUGCAUUUAAUCCUAUCCGAAUUGCCUUUUGGAAAACUAGGCCCUGGAGUCUAUCACAGUGCCAUAAUACUCACUACCAGUUCAGACCUACUAUGAGAUAACUUAACAGGGUUGUGUGCUCAGCCCAGUAGCUACGCAUGACUCCAACUCAAUCAUUACGUUUGCUGAUGACACGACAGUGGUAGGCCCGAUUACCAACAACAAUGAGACAGCCUUCAGGGAGGAGGCUAGAGCCCUGGCAAAGUGGUGCCAAGAAAAUAACCUCUCCCUCAAUGUUAAAAAAACAAGCAAAGGAGUAUGGCGUCAAAUGUAUCUCUGAAGUCGAGCACGCGUGAAAUGACGUUGUCGAGCAAGAUGAAACAUCAUUGAGCAAGCAAACACUGAGUCGAGAGCACAGAGGAUGGGUCCCGCGAGCAGAGGAUGAGUGCUGCGAGCUCAUAGACCAGUUAAGAGAGGAUGGUUCCCGCGAGGCUGGGCCAAACUUGAGAGUUUGCAAGUGUGACUUUGAGCGAGCAGAACAUCAUUGCUGCAGAUCAAAAAGAAAAAUGUCUGAAUCAAAAAAUAUAGAACCGCAAGCAAAGAAACGUGGUUCAAACAAGUAAUUUAUUUUGGGAAAGCAUCAAAUUGUUCACCAACAAUAGUCAAGUCUUUGUCAGGUUUUCACUCUCAAUUUCUCAAGUUGCUCACCUUAGGGUUUCAAUGUCUAUAUUUUCUCGAUUGGAUUUCAGGCUGGUGGGGGUGGGGGGGCUUAGAAGCGGGUGCAUGUCUAGAAACCUUGGAUUGGUCACUUUCACUGGAGUGAUGGACGAACUAACAAAUGUUUGCCCUUGGCCAGUCCAGUGUUGUGUUGUGUCGUGUGAUUGGUUAAGACUUCUUGGGUGCAUGACGUCAAACAGAUGAGCUUCAGAGCCGUCUGUUUAGCUGGAUAGCCAGCUUGAACAGUAAUCACCGACCGACUUGGGAAACCCAGCUUCAACUUGAUACAUACGCAAAGCAAUUGGGAAAUACAUUAAAAAGCUAUACUAUACCUUUAGUUGAGUCGAAUCUACUUGCUAAAGUUAGCUAGCUAAUUAAUUACUUGUUAGCCAGCAACGUUUGUCUGUAAGACGAAAAGCAGACAGUCUGCUCUAGCUAAGUAACACCAUAGUCCAUCACUAGCUAAUAGUUUUUCUUCACUUUUCCACAAAGUGUCUGGUAUGUGUUUGCUUGAUAUGAGGGAGUUAAUGUAUCAAAUAAUAGUUAGAUUAUGGACAUAAUGUGGCUGUGAUCUAACAAGUUCAAUCAUCAUACACUAGGUCCUGGACAUCAUUUAAUACAGCUAAAUAUAAUGAUUCCAUUGUUGGGAAUAACAUGUGGGUACACACAUAAUAAUGGCAUAAUGAUGAUACCAUUGAAAGAAAAGAAGGACUAGGAGGCUAGUUUAGAGAAAGCCCAAGGGCACACACACACAUCACAUGGGGUAUUCUUUAUUAUAUGGAGACAUGAAGGGUAGAACCUGCUACCUUAAUACAGUACAUAAUGAGUGCCUAAUAGAAUGUUAACUGAAAUUAAUAUGAUUAACCAGCUAAACUCAGGUCAACAUGUCAUCAUUGUACACACAGAAUUCAAAGGAGGACUGAGGACAAAGCAACGCCAUGCGUUCACCAAACAUUUAACUGAGGAAAACAGAUUUGUUUUAUAGUAAUUGUCUGAUUGGGAACCACAAUUGUUUCAAUUUAGCAUUGGAUGUUUUAUUGAUUACAGGCAGUAAUACAGGUGUUAAAUCACAUGGGGAGUCUCAUCAGAUCAGAUAUUAUCAGCAAGCCAGAGCCAUAUGUGGAAAGAGCACAUUGAACAAAGAUAUACUGUAUGUGCAAACGGAUAACAACUGUAUAAUUCAACAUAAGGUUCCACCUAAAACAAUGACAUGAGCUCUGUCCCAAUUAUUCUCAGCUCAACUCCUCACUUCCUCUCUACUCGCAUCCUUCUUGAGGUCUGAGGGGAGGAAUCUUGGGUCCUCUUCUCAGAUGGGGUUUUAGAAGGAGGCUUGGAAAAAGGAUGCAAGGAAUCGAGGAAAGAUAAAAUGUCACAGAGCUGUUGCAUGUUUGCCUCAAUAUGGAAUGGUAGACGUCACAAUGUGGGACUGAGCAGAGGUGUAUAAUCCACGCCAUUCAUCAGUAUUAUUGAGCCAUAAGAAACCUUCCUUAGACCUUUAGUUAGGAAAUACAUAAAUGAGCAUACAAGUAUGUUUAAGCAUGUUUAAGCAUUCAUACAUGACUGUUGGGAGUACGGUGCCAUACCUUUACAGUGAGGGAAAAAAAGUAUUUGAUCCACUGCUGAUUUUGUAUGUUUACCCACUGACAAAGAAAUGAUCAGUCUAUAAUUUUAAUGGUAGGUUUAUUUGAACAGUGAGAGACAAAAUAACAACAACAAAAAAUCCAGAAAAACGCAUGUCAAAAAUGUUAUAAAUUGAUUUGCAUUUUAAUGAGGGAAAUAAGUAUUUGACCCCCUCUCAAUCAGAAAGAUUUCUGGCUCCCAGGUGUCUUUUAUACAGGUAACGAGCUGAGAUUAGGAGCACACUCUUAAAGGGAGUGCUCCUAAUCUCAGCUUGUUGCCUGUAUAAAAGACACCUGUCCACAGAAGCAAUCAAUCAAUCAGAUUCCAAACUCUCCACCAUGGCCAAGACCAAAGAGCUCUCCAAGGAUGUCAGGGACAAGAUUGUAGACCUACAGUGGGGGAAAAAAGUAUUUAGUCAGCCACCAAUUGUGCAAGUUCUCCCACUUAAAAAGAUGAGAGAGGCCUGUAAUUUUCAUCAUAGGUACACGUCAACUAUGACAGACAAAUUGAAAAAAAAAAAUCCAGACAAUCACAUUGUAGGAUUUUUAAUGAAUUUAUUUGCAAAUUAUGGUGGAAAAUAAGUAUUUGGUCACCUACAAACAAGCAAGAUUUCUGGCUCUCACAGACCUGUAACUUCUUCUUUAAGAGGCUCCUCUGUCCUCCACUCAUUACCUGUAUUAAUGGCACCUGUUUGAACUUGUUAUCAGUAUAAAAGACACCUGUCCACAACCUCAAACAGUCACACUCCAAACUCCACUAUGGCCAAGACCAAAGAGCUGUCAAAGGACACCAGAAACAAAACUGUAGACCUGCACCAGGCUGGGAAGACUGAAUCUGCAAUAGGUAAGCAGCUUGGUUUGAAGAAAUCAACUGUGGGAGCAAUUAUUAGGAAAUGGAAGAAAUACAAGACCACUGAUAAUCUCCCUCGAUCUGGGGCUCCACGCAAGAUCAAACCCCGUGGGGUCAAAAUGAUCACAAGAACGGUGAGCAAAAAUCCCAGAACCACACGGGGGGACCUAGUGAAUGACCUGCAGAGAGCUGGGACCAAAGUAACAAAGCCUACUAUCAGUAACACACUACGCCGCCAGGGACUCAAAUCCUGCAGUGCCAGACGUGUCCCCCUGCUUAAGCCAGUACAUGUCCAGGCCCGUCUGAAGUUUGCUAGAGUGCAUUUGGAUGAUCCAGAAGAGGAUUGGGAGAAUGUCAUAUGGUCAGAUGAAACCAAAAUAGAACUUUUUGGUAAAAACUCAACUCGUCGUGUUUGGAGGACAAAGAAUGCUGAGUUGCAUCCAAAGAACACCAUACCUACUGUGAAGCAUGGGGGUGGAAACAUCAUGCUUUGGGGCUGUUUUUCUGCAAAGGGACCAGGACGACUGAUCCGUGUAAAGGAAAGAAUGAAUGGGGCCAUGUAUCGUGAGAUUUUGAGUGAAAACCUCCUUCCAUCAGCAAGGGCAUUGAAGAUGAAACGUGGCUGGGUCUUUCAGCAUGACAAUGAUCCCAAACACACCGCCCGGGCAACGAAGGAGUGGCUUCGUAAGAAGCAUUUCAAGGUCCUGGAGUGGCCUAGCCAGUCUCCAUAUCUCAACCCCAUAGAAAAUCUUUGGAGGGAGUUGAAAGUCCGUGUUGCCCAGCGACAGCCCCAAAACAUCACUGCUCUAGAGGAGAUCUGCAUGGAGGAAUGGGCCAAAAUACCAGCAACAGUGUGUGAAAACCUUGUGAAGACUUACAGAAAACGUUUGACCUGUGUCAUUGCCAACAAAGGGUAUAUAACAAAGUAUUGAGAAACUUUUGUUAUUGACCAAAUACUUAUUUUCCACCAUAAUUUGCAAAUAAAUUCAUAAAAAAUCCUACAAUGUGAUUUUCUGGAAUUUUUUUUCUCAUUUUGUCUGUCAUAGUUGAUGUGUACUUAUGAUGAAAAUUACAGGCCUCCCUCAUCUUUUUAAGUGGGAGAACUUGCACAAUUGGUGGCUGACUAAAUACUUUUUUUCCCCACUGUAUACAAGGCUGGAAUGGGCUACAAGACCAUCGCCAAGCAGCUUGGUGAGAAGGUGACAACAGUUGGUGCGAUUAUUCGCAAAUGGAAGAAACACAAAAGAACUGUCAAUCUCUCUCGGUCUGGGGCUCCAUGCAAGAUCUCACCUCGUGGAGUUGCAAUGAUCAUGAGAACGGUGAGGAAUCAGCCCAGAAUUAAACGGGAGGAUGUUGUCAAUGAUCUCAAGGCAGCUGGGACCGUAGUCACCAAGAAAACAAUUGGUAACACACUACGCCGUGAAGGACUGAAAUCCUGCAGUGCCCGCAAGGUCCCCCUGCUCAAGAAAGCACAUAUACAGGCCCGUCUGAAGUUUGCCAAUGAACAUCUGAAUGAUUCAGAGGAGAACUGGGUGAAGAUGUUGUGGUCAGAUGAGACCAAGACCGAGCUCUUUGGCAUUAACUCAACUCGCCGUGUUUGGAGGAGGAGGAAUGCUGCCUAUGACCCCAAGAACACCAAAAAUGGAGGUGGAAACAUUAUUUGGGGGUGAUUUUCUGCUAAGGGGACAGGACAACUUCACUGCAUCAACGGGACGAUGGACGGGGCAUGUACCGUCAAAUCUUGGGUGAGAACCUCCUUCCCUCAGCCAGGGCAUUGAAAAUGGGUCGUGGAUGCGUAUUCCAGCAUGACAAUGACCCAAAACACACGGCCAAGGCAACAAAGGAGUGGCUCAAGAAGAAGCACAUUAAGGUCCUGGAGUGGCCUAGCCAGUCUCCAGACCUUAAUCCCAUAGAAAAUCUGUGGAGGGAGCUGAAGGUUUGAGUUGCCAAACGUCAGCCUCGAAACCUUAAUGACUUGGAGAAGAUCUGCAAAGAGGAGUGGGACAAAAUCCCUCCUGAGAUGUGUGCAAACCUGGUGGCCAACUAUAAGAAACGUCUGACCUCUGUGAUUGCCAACAAGGGUUUUGCCACCAAGUACUAAGUCAUGUUUUGCAGAGGGGUCAAAUACUUAUUUCCCUCAUUAAAAUUCAAAUCAAUUUAUGACAUUUUGACAUGCGUUUUUCUGGAUUUUUUUGUUGUUAUUCUGUCUCUCACAGUUCAAAUAAACCUACCAUUAUUCUUUGUCAGUGGGCAAACGUACAAAAUCAGCAGGGGAUCAAAUACUUUUUUCCCUCACUGUAUGAAAAACUAUUAUCUCAUUAGAAGACUAAAAUCACAUUCCUAUCUUCACCAAAAUACUCUAAUACUUAAUCAUAUAUUUUAUACAACAUUUAGAUGUAAACUUGAUAGAUAGAAUAUGUACACUUUCCGAAUUACAGUUAUUACUUGAUACCAUCCUUAAUGACAUCACAAAAUAUUAAACAAUAUGACAUGAUUAUUCUUUAGAUCCCCACUGACCCUUUCCCAGAUUAUUUUAAGUAGGAAUAUUGUUUCAUUAUCCACUUUUGGAUGUUGGAGUCUUGGCGGGAAGACUUCCUUUGUCUCACAGGGAAAUCCUUUCUUCCCAUACUAGAGACCAAAAGGAGUCCUUUUCUGCAAACUAUUUAUGAAAAGCUGUUAAGUCAUAAAACUGGCCCCCAGGAAAGGGGGUGUUCAAACCUUUGCCUAGCAGGAAUGUUUGAUCCUCAACCCAUGAGGGCAAGUCAUGACAUAUGUACAGUUGAAGUCGGAAGUUUACAUACACUUAGGUUGGAGUCAUUAAAACUUAUUUUUCAACCACUCCACAAAUGUCUUGUUAACAAACUAUAGUUUUGGCAAGUCGGUUAGGACAUCUACUUUGUGCAUGACACAAGUAAUUUUUCCAACAAUUGUUUACAGACAGAUUAUUUCACUUAUAAUUCACUGUAUCACAAUUCCAGUGGGUCAGAAGUUGCCUGUGCCUUUAAACAUCUUGGAAAAUUCAUUGCUUUAGAAGCUUCUGAUAGGCUAAUUGACAUAAUUUGAGUCAAUUGGAGGUGUACCUGUGGAUGUAUUUCAAGGCAUACCUUGAACUCAGUGCCUCUUUGCUUGACAUCAUGGGAAAAUGAAAAGAAAUCAGCCAAGACCUCAGAAAAAAAAUUGUAGACCUCCACAAGUCUGGUUCAUCAUUGGGAGCAACUUACAAACGCCUGAAGGUACCAAGUUCAUCUGUACAAACAAUAGUACGCAAGUAUAAACACCAUGGGACCACGCAGCCGUCAUACCGCUCAGGAAGGAGACGCGGAGAUGCGUUCUGUCUCCUAGAGAUUAACGUACUUUGGUGCGAAAAGUGCAAAUCAAUCCCAGAACAACAGCAAAGGACCUUGUGAAGAUGCUGGAGGAAACAGGUACAGCAAGGAAGAAGCCACUGCUCCAAAAACGCCAUAAAAAAGCCAGACUACGGUUUGCAACUGCACAUGGGGACAAAGAUCAUACUUUUUGGAGAAAUGUCCUCUGGUCUGAUGAAACAAAAAUAGAACUGUUUGGCCAUAAUGACCAUCGUUAUGUUUGGAGGAAUGUAUAGAACAUUUGUGGGCAGAACUGAAAAAGCGUGUGCGAGCAAGGAGACCCACAAACCUGACUCAGUUACACUCAGCUAGUAACAUAAGCAUUUCUCUGCACCUGCUGUAACACCUGCAAGUCCCAUAAUACUCACUACCAGUCCUCUCUCUCUCUCUCUCUCUCUCUCUCUCUCUCUCUCUCUCUCUCUCUCUCUCUCUCUUCUCUCUCUCUCUCUCUCUCUCUCUCUCUCUCUCUCUCUCUCUCUCUCUCUCUCGCUCUCUCACUCUCUCUCUCUCUCGCUCUCUCUUUCUCUCUCCCUCUCUCUCUCUCUCUCUCUGUCUCUCUCUCUCUCUCCCUCUCUGCUGUAAGACAAUUAUGUAACUCAACCUACCUAUUUGUCAUCUCAUCUGUCAACUUAUCGCACUGUCAAAAUAUGCUUGUUAACUGAACCAUCAGAACCAUGUUCUCUUUCUCUAUAGAAACCACUUAUGUGUUCUAAUCUUGUGCAUGUGUUUCCUAUAUGUUGUGGUGGUGAGAAUAGCUGGCAUUUGCUGAUCUAACUCAAUUAGCAUAGAGAUGAGUUUCAUAAAAAACCCUCCAGCUCCCUCUGUCUCUGAGAGCUUCUCCUAUGAAUCAAAAUCCGAGCAACGAAAGAGUUGAGAUACAGUCUGUCCGUGCUGCUGAAAAUGGAGUGGCAGAGUUGAGAUACAGAGGAAUAGAAAAAUAAAUACCUUGUCCUCAGUGAGUUAGUUUAUCUUUCUCUCUUGCUGUAGGGCUAGGAAGCCAUCUCUCGUAUAGUGGGAUUGAAGCGGCUGCUCUGUUUCUCAGCGUUCUGUUGCUUUGGCCAUGAAUUCCAGGGAACUGCUGUGCUGUGUGGGGGGAAAAUGGUGAAUGAGAUGAUGCAGAGUGUCGUGAGCACAUCACAUCUAUUCACUGACUAGAUGGAAUAGCUACCACGCUAUUCUGGUGCUAGAGAGGCUGCCAUCGUACUCACACCUACUUUAUAGUCACAAUUCAACCAGUUCAACAAUAGGAGAAUUAUGGUGCAGAUAAAAAUACCCAUAUAGGGGAUUUCCUAUUCUAUCCUCCUCUAUAUGAUACUUAGAGUCCCCAUUCUAUACGUUCUACAUCAGGGAUCAUCAAGUAGAUUCAGCCGUGGGCCGAGUUUUUCUUGAGCGGAUGGAACAUAAUUACAAAUUAUUUUUAGACUGCAAAUUGACCGCAAGAAGCCCAAACAGAUAUAAUUGACUAAAACAUAAUAUUUUCAAACCUUGCUUACAUUUGUAUACGAUCACAUACACUGAGUGUACAAAACAUUAGGAACAUUAGGAACACCUGUUCUUUCCAUGACAGACUGAGCAGGUGAAUAUAGGUGAAAGCUACGAUCCCUUAUUGAUGUCACUUGUUAAAUCCACUUCAAUCAGUAUAGAUGAAGGGAAGGAGACAGGUUAAAGAAGGAUUUCUAAGCCUUGAGACAAUUGAGACAUGGAUUGUGUAUGUGUUCCAUUCAGAGCGCGAAUGGGCAAGACAAAAUAUUUAAGGGCCUUUGAACAAGGUAUGGUAGUAGGUGCCAGGCGCACUGGUUUGAGUGUGUCAAGAACUGCAACGCUGCUAGGUUUUUCACGCUCAACAGUUUUCCGUGUGUAUCAAGAAUGGUCCACCACCCAAAGGACGUUCAGCCAACUUGACACAACUGUGGGAAGCAUUGGAGUCAACAUGGGCCAGCAUCCCUGUGGAAUGAUUUUGACACCUUGUAGAGUCCAUGCCCCGACGAAUUGAGGCUGUUCUGAGGGCAAAAGUGGGUGCAACUCAAUAUAAGGAAGGUGUUCCUAAUGUUUUGUACACUCAGUAUAUAUCUCUAUUAUGCGUGGGAAUACUUUGGAACCUAUUUCCAAAAUUAUAAUAACUUGGAGCUAAUUUGCUGGUGUUGUUACAGUCUUUCAUGUCCAACAAUAAUUGGCAGAUGAAUGGCAACCCUGAUUGAAGGCACCUGCUGCUCAUCGGUUUCUCACAUGUGUUCAAUGGGUGCUGUUUUGAAUGAAGGGGAUUCGUGCCUUCUCACUGGGGAAGGCUGCAAAGCCGAAACGUUUAUGUACGCUGUCCCUGAUGCAGUGAAAAAAAUAUAUAUAAUUUACAUGAAAAGUGAGAUGAGCUUUAUGCAACAUCUUUUUGAGUGCGGACCCGUCACACUUUUUUGUAUGUCCAACAAUAAAGAAAAAAAAUUGAGGGGCCAAAUAAACUCUAUUAAUGCAAUGCCUUGAAGGAGUUCCAAAGCCAAAGCAAUCCGUUUGAAAACAAAGAAAUCGAUUUCAUGUAAAUAGACAAAAUGGCUUCUCCAUUGAAAUAGUGUUUACUCACGUAAUGGAUGACGGCAGGUUACUUUGUCUUCUUUGUUUGACUGAGACACGCCCACACAGGUCUGUCUGCUUCCUGGGCCAUGAAGAACUCUGAAAGCACCAAAGUCAAUCAGGACAAAUACAUUUACUGUUACAGGCUUGUGCUUUUUCUCUCUGUCAAGUCUCUCUCUCUCUCUCUCUCUCUCUCUCUCUCUCUCUCUCUCAAUUUCUAUUCAAUUUAAGGGCUUUAUUGGCAUGGGAAACGUAUGUUAACAUUGCCAAAGCAAGUGAAGUAGAUAGUAAAUAAAAGUGAAAUAAACAAUAAAUAUUAACAUUAAACAUUACACUCAGAAGUUCCAAAAUAAUAAAGACAUUUCAAAUGUCAUAUUAUGUAUAUAUACAGUGUUGUAACAAUGUGCAAAUAGUUACAAGUACAAAUGGGAAAAUAAAUAAACAUAAAUAUGGGUUGUAUUUACAAUGGUGUUUGUUCUUCACUGGUUGCCCUUUUCUUGUGGCAACAGGUCACAAAUAUUGCAGCUGUGAUGGCACACUGUGGUUUUUCACCCAGUAGAUAAGGGAGUUUAUCAAAAUUGGGUUUGUUUACUAAUUCUUUGUGGAUCGCUGUAAUCUGAGGGAAAUAUGUGUCUCUAAUAUGGUCAUACAUUUGGCAGGAGGUUAGGAAGUGCAGCUCAGUUUCCACCUAAUUUUGUGGGCAGUGUGCACAUAGCCUGUCUUCUCUUGAGAGCCAGGUCUGCCUACGGCGGCCUUUCUCAAUAGCAAGGCUAUGCUUACUGAGUCUGUACAUAGUCAAAGCUUUCCUUAAGUUUGGGUCAGUCACAGUGGUCAGGUAUUCUACCACUGUGUACUCUCUGUUUAGGGCCAAAUAGCAUUCUAGUUUGCUCUGUUUUUUGGUUGUUCUAUCCAAUGUGUCAAGUGUGGUGUGCUAUCUAUAUACUAUAUCUUCAUCUAUAUAUCUAUCUAUAUAUAUAUAUAGGAUAAAUAUAUAUAUAUAUAAUAUCUCUAUCUCUCUCUCUCUCGCUAUCUCUCUCCUUCCCCCCCCCCCACCACCACUCCCGCCCCCCUCUCUUGCUCUCUCUCUCCCCACAGCAACUCAUUAUUUCAUUCAGUGUUGUAAAUACAGAACAUGACAGGGUUAAAACUCUACUGUCUUCUUACUGUAGUGUGUCACUGGUGUUUAGUCUCAGUGGACAAUGGGGCCACAAUUUGAUUGUGAUAGUCUUAGAGUGUGCUGGGGCCUGAUAGACAGUAAGUCUGAUGUGUGUGUCCUGUGCUAUUACAAUGGCCUUGUCUGGUUCGCUCCCCAUGACUCUGUCGUUAAGGGGAUGGAGGGUGACCCUGAGAAAGGACUGGCCUGUGCCAGUGUGUGUGUGCUGCUGCUGCUGCCACCGCCACACACACACACACACACACACACACACACACACACACACACACACACACACACACACACACACACACACACACACACACACACACACACACACACACACACACACACACACACACACACACACACACACACACAAGCACAAACACACACACACACGACACGCACACACACACACACGCACACACGCACACACACACACACACACACACACACACACACACACAUACACACACACACACACAUACAUACAUACACAUAUACAGUACGUACAUACACAUACACAGGUUCAGACACAGCCACAGACACAGUUCACUAUCUCUGCAGUGCCCAGGAUACAGCCAGUGUUCUAUCGGCUUCACUAUACUAAGAGAGGAUAUCAAUGAAACAAGAGACAGUAAGAACAACCACCACUACCAAUAUCAAAGACUGACGUUCAAAAAAUAAUGACACUGUGAUGAUGGAGGGGUCUUAGAUGUUUUUCUUAUGAUGUACAAAGCCUGCCUGUCCAUGUUCCAUUCCUGACAGAUAAUGACUAAAGAUUUGCUUCUCCAGCAGUGGUUUGUCUUCUGUUAGUGCUAUCUGGUAUCCUUGGGACGUCCCUACCCUAAAUCCUAAACCUAACCUUAACCCUAACCUUAACCCUCACCUAAACUAUUUGAAUUUUCAACUUCAAUGGGGUAAUGUAAGAGUUGGGAUGUCCCAAGGAUACCGGAUAUCAAGGACCGUUUGUCUCAGCGGUGAUUGUGAUUUGUGAGAGUGAGCGCUCCACAGGUAGAGUAGCUCUCUGUAAAAUGGCUGCCGUCUGCCUGGAUAGGAACCAGAUAGUAAUUUAGAGCCCCAUCACUCUCCCCGUCCUUUCACAGGAGAGAAAAGGGGUUUAAAGAGAGAGCAGGCAAAGUAUAUCUCUCAGAUUUCAGACUGACUGGAGGAAACAACAUCAAUCAGUAUUUUACUAGCCUAGCUGCUCUAUAAAGUAAGGUUGGUUUGGACCCGGUAGGAGAGAAAGUCAUUCUGGCAGGUAGUUCUCCUACAUGUAGGGUCCUCAGAUAGACAUUUACUCUACAAACACACACACGCACGCACACACACACACACACACACACACACGCACGCACGCACGCGCACACACACCACACACACACACACACACACACACACACACACACACACACACACACACACACACACACACACACACACACAGUAAAUGAGAAAGAAUAGCAUUCUCCCCAUUCAGUCUGAAUAAUUCAGGACUAGAAGGACAGGAGACCAGGAGGGAGAGAGUCUGUAGUGGAUUUCCAUCCAGUGGCUGUCAACAUUACUCGCCAAUAUUCUAUAUGCUGCUACCUCUUUUUCCGUCUCUGCUGUUAUAGUUAUAUUACUCCAGUAUAUCUCUGUAGAGCAGAGAGCGAACAUCUAGCUAAACUGCAUCGUUCAGUACUCCACCAUUAUUGUGGUGUGGUACUGCAGUCAGACACUGGCUUUUCCUUUUUUUUGUCAUCAUGCAUGGAUGGCUACCUUCCAUUGGCUCAUAUUCAUCUGCAGGCUGAGAGUCAGAGUGGUUGCAGUCACAGACACACACACAGGAUGGCCCCGACUUUUGUACUUCUGUACAUUGGAUCCACAAUGAUGAACAAACGGAUGUGUGUGGUGUGUGGAGUCUUACAUGUUAUGGUCAACAGCAGACCUAGGUUUAAAUACUAUUUGAAAUGCUUUAGCUGGGCUUGAUUGAGUUUGCCUGGCGCAAUGGAACCAAAAUAAUAGUCUACAAACCCUGCCCAUCUGGCACUCCAGGUGGGCUAAAGCAAAUGUCAAAGAUUGUGAAAUGCAUUUGAAAGAUUUCAUAAUUAUAUGAGAUUCCUCUUAAACAUACAGGUAACUGCCAAAAUAAAGGAAACACUUGACUUGGGUAAAUGAGGGAUACAAAGUACACUGAACAAAACAUUUAAACACAACAUGUGAAGUGGUGGUCCCAUGUUUCAUGAGCUGAAAUAAAAGAUCCCAGAAAUGUUCCAUACGCACAAAAAGCUUAUUUCUCUCAAAUGAUGUGCACAUAUUUGUUUACAUCCCUGUUAGUGAGCAUUUCUCAUUUGCAAAGAUAAUCCAUCCACCUGACAGGUGUGGCAUAUCAAGAAGUUGAUUAAACAGCAUGAUCAUUACACAGGUGCACUCUAAAAUGUGCAGUUUUGUCACAUAACACAAUGCCAGAGAUGUCUCAAGUUUUGAGGGAGCGUGCAAUUGGCAUGCUGACUGCAGGAAUGUCCACCAGAGCUGUUGCCAGAGAAUGUAAUGUUAAUUUCUCUACAAUAAGCCACCUCCAAUGUCGUUUUAAAGAAUUUGGCAGUACGUCCAACCGGCCUCACAACCGCAGAACACGUGUAACCACGCCAGCCCAGGACCUCCACAUUCGGCUUCUUCACCUGCGGGAUCGUCUGAGACCAGCCACGAGAACAGCCGAUGAAACUGUGGGUUUGCACAACCGAAGGAUUUCUGCACAAACUGCCAGAAACCGUCUUAGGGAAGCUCAUCUGUGUGCUCGUCGUCCUCACCAGGGUCUUGGCCUGACUACAGUUCGACGUCGUAACCGACCUUCGAUGGCCACUGGCAUACUGAAGAAGUGUACUCUUCACGGAUGAAUACCGGUUUCAGCUGUACCGGGCAGAUGGCGUUGUGUGGGCGAGUGGUUUGCUGAUGCCAACAUUUUGAACAGAGUGCCCCAUGGUGGUGGUGGGGUUAUGGUAUGGACAGGCAUAAGCUACGGACAACGAACACAAUUGCAUUCUAUGGACAUUUUUAUGCACAGAGAUACCGUGAUGAGAUCCUGAGGCCCAUUGUCGUGCCAUUUCAUCCGCCGCCAUCACCUCAUGUUUCAGCAUGAUAAUGCACAGCCCCAUUUUGCAAGGACUGUACACAAUUCAUGGAAGCUGGGAAAUGUCCCAGUUCUUCCAUGGCCUGCAUACUCACCAGACAUGUCACCCAUUGAGCAUGUUUGGGAUGCUCUGGAUUGAUGUGUACGACAAUGUGUUCCAGUUCCCGCCAAUAUCCAGCAACUUUGUACAGCCAUUGAAGAGGAGUGGGACAACAUUCCACAGGCCACAAUCAACAGCCUGAUCAAAUCUAUGCGACAGAGUUGUGUCGCUCUGCAUGAGGCAAAUGGUGGUCACACCAGAAACGUACUGGUUUUCUGAUCCACGCCCCUACCUUUUUUAAAGGUAUCUGUGACCAACAGAUGCAUAGCUGUAUUCCCAGUCAUGUGAAAUCCAUAGAUUAGGGCCUAAUUUAUUUAUUUCAAUUGACUGAUUUCCUUAUAUGAACUGUAACUCAGUAAAAUCUUUGAAAUUGUUGCAUGUUGCAUUUAUAUUUUUGUUCAGUAUAUAUUGAAAGCAGGUGCUUCCACACAGGUGUGGUUCCUGAUUUAAUUAAGCAAUUAACAUCCCAUCAUGCUUAGGUUUAUGUAUAAAAAUGCCCAGUUGCCCAUUAUUUUGGCUACCGUGGCUAGAAGAAGAGAUCUCAGUGACAUUGAAAGAGGGGUCUCAAAGGAGCAUGGGGGGGGUUUCAAGUGUUGUGUGUAUGUGUGUGUGUGUGCGUGUGUGUGUGUGUGCGUGUGUGUGUGUGUGUGUGUGUGUGUGUGUGUGUGUGUGUGUGUGUGUGUGUGUGUGUGUGUGUGUGUGUGUGUGUGUGUGUGUGUGUGUGUGUGUGUCUCAGUCACCAGAUCUCAACCCAAAUGAACACUUAUGGGAGAUUCUGGAGUGGCGCCCAAGACAGCGUUUUCCACCACCAUCAACAAAACACCAAAUGAUGGAAUUUCUCGUGGAAGAAUGGUGUUACAUCCCUCCAAUAGAGUUCCAGACACUUGUAGAAUCUAUGAAACGGCACAUUGAAGCUGUUCUGGCAGCUCGUGGUGACCCAACGCCUUAUUAAGACACUUUAUGUUGGUGUUUCCUUUAUUUUGGCAGGUACCCAUAUGUAAUCACCAUACCCACUGGACACAGAUGUCAAUUCAAUGUUGGUUCAAUGUAAUUUCAUUGAAAUGACUUGGAAACAAUGUUGAUUCAGCCAGUGUGUGCCCAGUGGGUAUAGUCUACUCAAGAAUAUGUUAAAUAAAACAUACAAGGAGAUUCUUCAUUUAGUUUCGGUAAUUAGAUAGUCUCUUACAGUAGCAGUGUAAAUGUUUCAGGUAUGUUAUUAUAAAUGAUAUUAUCUCAGCAAACCUGGUUUAUGUGUUUUCAUAUCUCCACUGUCUGUUGUUUGCAUUCCAAGUGCCUCCAAGUGCAAACAUGGAAAUAUGCUUUUCUUUUAUGUCGCUUAGCCACCUUUAGUGCUUUGGUAUUCAUUGUAAUGAAAAGCACUAUAUAAAUUAAAGGUAGACCUAUUAUUAUCUGUAGCUGCAACAGCAGUUUGACCCUAUCUGUCUCUACUGUGUUACGUGACAGUCAUUGACAUCACAAUGCUCUCUCUCUCUGUGGCAUUAUAAUUUAAGAUGCUCUGCUUGCAUUUAUCUAGCUUUGAUUAUGUGAUGUAAUCAAAAUGUAUAUGAGCCAGGGGUGUGUGCCCUUUAUCACACUGAUGAUUGGUUAAGUCAACCAAAAUGUUUAUCUUUUCACUUUUAUUUAUUAUUGCGCUGUGCACAUUUUGGGGCAUCUGUCCUAAUAAUUAUAAUAUUUGCAUCUAAACCUCUGUUUUGGAUUUCUUCUGGAUGUUUUCAACAGUGUGCGGGUAUCAAUCCUUUCCACAUGUCUCUCUGUGACCGCAGGUGUUCCUGAAGAGUGACCGCGUUGCCAAGAUGGUCCAGAGCGGGGGAUUCUCAGCCAAUGACUGCAGGGAGGUGUUCAAGAGGCACAUCGAGAAGCGUGUCCGCAGCCUGCCUGAGAUCGACGGCCUGAGCAAGGAGACAGUGCUCAGCUCCUGGAUGGCCAAGUUCGACACCAUCUACCGCGGGGACGAGGACCCACGCAAGGCCCAGCAGCGCAUGACGGCCAGCGCAGCCUCAGAGCUCAUCCUCAGCAAGGACCAGCUCUACGAGAUGUUCCAGAACAUUCUGGGUAUCAAGAAAUUUGAGCACCAGCUGCUCUACAACGCCUGCCAGGUAAGAACAGGCGUUAGUAGAGGGAGGGUGUGUGUGUACGCAUCACUGUGAAAUAUGGUUGCGUCCGAAAUCGUUCCCUAUUCCCUGCACUGCUUUUGACGAGGGUCCAUAGGCUACUAUUUCUGACGCAUCUAUGUGUGUGUACAUCACUGUUACUCUUUCCCAGCGGGCAAAACUGACUGGUUACAAUGACGUCAUCAUGAUGUCAUCACAACCAGAGACUAAUGUCAUUGCAGACAGUUUUGCCUGCCGGGUAAACAAAACACAAUCAAGGCCAAGAACAGUGCAGCGUUUGUUAUGGUUCUUUAGGCUAUGCCUGCAGCUGUACAGCUACAGUGGAAAGUCUCCUGCCUCCUUCCUCUCACACAGUAGCAAGGUCACAGAUCAAUAUGGGUUUAUAGAAUCACAACCAGGUUUUACAGACCAACUAUAUUUUUCAAGCAUCUCAAGUUUCUAGUUUUAAUGUCACAUGCACAAGUACAGUGAAAUGCCUUUCUUGCAAACUCAAAACCCAACAAUGCAAUAAUCAAUAACAAUGUAGGAGUGCUGACUUAAGAUCAGGUUUUCCUUUUAGAUGAUAAUGCAUGGGCAGAGGUCGAACUGAUCCUCGAUCAGCUCUCUUACUCUGAGACACUUUGUGGAUACGGGACUAGGUUUUACACCUUGAAUAGAAGGCCUGUUUUACUUUCAAACAGGCUCUUCCUGUUCUUGUCUUUUGGCUGAAACAGCCUUCAUCAGGUCUCCAUCAGGUGAAGUAAUAUAAGAUAACAUGCACCUGACACUUAUGUUCAAGAGGGAGAUAGCACAAACCCAAAGCUGGUAAAUCACAGGCCUAUCCGUCUUAUAGCCCGGCCCCUAGAGAGCUAGCGCUUCGAUCUCUUCCGUAUGAGGAGUGACAUGUUGAGAUUGCUAAAGGACAAUGGUGGACACCAGUGUGCUUGUGUCGGACAUAACUCUCCUCCCGCAGUGCUGCUUCACUUUUACAACACUCAUGGGAACGCUGAGACUCAGAGAGCAGAUAGUAGUGCUAAUAUAUUCUUCUUCCAGGAGCUUGAUUAAAAGUCUGAUCACAGGAAGCAUUCGGAGCUAGAGCUCAGAUACAUUUACAUUUCCUCAUCAUUUAAUGCAUUAGCAACCACAGUUAAGUGAAUGAUCUCAUUCUCUCCCAUUUCGAUAAAAUGCACGUGGCCUUCAGAAACCAAUUAAUUGUUGAAACGGCUUAAUUUCUGCCUGAAAGAAGAAGGUAUCAUCUUACUAUUUUCUUCGUCAUUUAUGUUGUAUAACAUUUUAAAGAUGCACUACGCAGAAAUCAUUCCGCCAUUUCCUGGUUGCUAAAAUUCUAAUAGUUUGCCUAAUUUCAGUUUAUGUGACAAAACAAGCAAGAAUAGUGUAGAGAAUCAUUGUACCAUCUAAACAGCUGUGAAAUAUAUUUUCUAUAACCAAAAAUAUUGUAUUUUCAGCUGUUUGAAGCUGGUGUACAAAACCAAAAGUAAAAGACGCAAAAACAAAACUUCAGAACGGGAGGCAUAGAAAUAGCUCACAUAGAACAGAUCUACCGCUUCUUAGACUUGCUUUCAAUUAAAAUUAUAGAUCUAUAACACACAUUUCUAUGUGAAUUUGGUCGAGUCUCCCAAAAAGUUAAAAAUUGCAGCUUUAGUGGUUGUUAUCCCAACAGUAAGAAAUGAACUAGGACAAUAAUGAACUAGUGAUAAAGACUCAGUUAGCAAUCUUAUUGCUCUGGUUGGUCGUUCCACAGGCUGUCUCUACAGGUGUGGCAAGAAGCUACAUAUUUAGCAGCUAAUAUUACAUUUUACAUUUUAGUCAUUUAGCAGAGGCUCUUAUCCAGAGCGACUUACAGUUAGUGAGUGCAUAAAAAAAAAUUCAUACUGGCCCCCCGUGGGAAUCGAACCCACAAUCCUGGCGUUGCAAGCGCCAUGCUCUACCAACUGAGCUACACGGGACCACAAACCACACACAAAUAUGUUUUUUCUCCCAAUAGAUAUUGGAUUUUCUCCCUUUCUGUUUUGGUUUCAAAAUUGUUGCAUUUGUUUUCAAUUUUGGGAAGGAAAAUUGCCCGUAAGUCUGCAUAGUUCUGGCAGUGUAGGAGAAAAUGCAGCUCUGUCUCGACCUCUCUCUGAGGGCAGAGUGAGCACAGCCUGUCCUCUCUGGGCAGCCAGGUUUGUCUAUGAUGGCCGGUUUCUAUGGCCAGGCUGUGCUUACUGAGUUUCUCUCAGAUUUCUCUCAGUCACGGUGGCUAGAUGGUCUGCCACCAUGGACUGUGUUUUUAGAGCCAAAUAGCAUUGAAGUUUACUUUGAUUUUUCACACACAAACACACACACACACACACACACACACACAAACACACACACACACACACACACACAUACACACACACAAACAUACACACACACAUACAAACACACACACACACACACACACACAGAUGCACAGAUGCACGGAUGCACACAUAAACAGAGGAAUCAGAGGCGGGCCAUUUUAGCAUACUAAAUCUCUCUAUUCCAGUUACCAUCUUGUCACAGCAGUGA